AUGGCCAUUCCAGUCUCCCUUGUCUUUGUCGGUAAUGCUAUUCUGCCUAUAUAUAUCAUGCGCCGCUGUGCGGCUGCUGGUUGGGCUCGAGAGAGAGCCCUUAAGGCACAACGGAACGAGUGAGUUCCGUAUGAACGAUCGGUGAGCGCCCCCUAACAUUGUAUAUUCCCGAUCGAAAACCGACAGGGCAACGGGCUCGUGGCCCGGUGAGUAGAGGCGUUGACUUCUAAACCAACAGGUCGCGAGUUCGAGGCUCGGGUGUUCCACACUUCGGGCUUGGGUGUGGCUGGCUGACGACGGCUAAUAAGCCGGAAAUGGCCAUUCCAGUCUCCCUUGUCUUUGUCGGUAAUAUCAUUCAGUUCUAAGAUUAUCCUUUCAUCUUCCUGCCUCACUUAGUCCGGACUUCUUCCUCUCCGGCUUUUUUUUCAUCCUAGGCGCUUUGAAGAGGCCCUCCGCUCAUGUCCACGGUCGCGACUGCUACGCCUCUACACCAGGUAAACCUUUUGAUGCCUUGCCGCAUGAAUUGUCACUGUAGAUACCGGCGCAAUGACGCCUAUCGUACUCCAGACUGUUCUUUGCCCAUUUUUGCCAUGCAUGUCACAGUUCAGAUCUUUUGUGCUCAUCCCACUCGUGUGUCCAUUUGCCGUCGACUGUGGUAAUCCGUUUGGGCGAACCAAUAAGUUCCGUCCGCGUGUCCCCAAGACGGACCAUGCUGGACCACCACAGGCGCCAGAUCCCAAUCCGCAGAUGGAAUGCACACACACACACACACACCCACAACAAACGCCACAACAUUGUGCGCUAUGUGGGGGCAGGCCCAGUUGCCAGCUGUGGUAUGAAAUCCUGGCCAGCGUACAUCGUGGACCAGGAGGUGUGUUCGUACACCUAGGCGCGGCUUCAGGCCGCGCCGGCCACCUGCGCCCUCUCUCGCCUCCGGUCUUCUUGACUCAUGACACCGGGCUCAAGCGGGAGGGGGGAGAAUGCGGUAGAUGCAGCGCAAGUCCACUGUCACACACACCCACAACAAACGCCAACAUUGUGCUCUAUGUGGGGGGCAGGCCCAGUAGCCAGCUGUGGUACAGUAGGUGGGCCAACUCAUGAAAUGUCAAUCGAAAUUCCCAAAUGCCUUUUCGCUUCGAAAAGAUUAAUUAAGUAGGGUUGUAAAACUAAUCAGCCCGCAGCAUAAUUCUCUAAUAUUUCAGUUACCUCAGGACGCCGGCUUUCGAAUGCACUUAUUUCCAACUGCAUGCAGGAACUAUACUCUGCAAAAAUGGUUGCUUAAUUAGCAUGCAAUUUUCUCAUUGGUUUUUCGAUUCCCUUAGAAGUUCAAUUAUAUUUGACGAAAAAAUGCAUAAGAUAUUCAUUCUUUUACUUAUUCGGUAGACAAUCACGUCUUCUUUCUAUGUUAUACUCGAAAGAAGAGUAUAAUUCGGUUUUAAAUUUUUUUUCUAAUUCCCGAAUAAUUUUGAACCCGACCUGCCGUUACAAUUGCAUUCAGGGUUUCAAAACCACAAGCCGUUUAUUUUCCGUGUACGGAAACCUAUACACUUCUCUACGUAUUAAGAGGUGACCAUAUGGGGUUCAUAAAAUUUAGCAGUGGAUUUGAGCGAUAUUGUCUACUUUACAAGCCACAGAUACAUGACGUUUUAUGAACGGCCAUUUCAAGGUAUUAAAAAAUCUCACAAUUUUUUUCCAUUGACAUUUUAUGACCACGACACGCUAACCACGCCAUAGCACGCCUCGUCAUGCGAGUGGCGUGCGAACGAUGAUUGGCGUGGGAACGAUGGAUGUUAAUUGUCCCCGGAUCACUUAUAAGUCAUGUAAUUCGCAUAACUUAAACUUAUUUGUAACUGUUUUGGCCUGAUGCUGAAAACACGUGUUCGCCAAUUUGACUUUUCAAUUGUAACUUGGGAAUAUUCGCUGAACUUAGACAUUUUAUGAGUUAGCCCGCCUAUUGUAUGAAAUCCUGGCCAGCGUACAUCGUGGACCAGGAGCUGUGUGGUCAUACGCCUAGGCGCGGUUUCAGGCCGCGCCAGCCAUCUGCGCCCUCUCUCGCCUCCGGUCUUCUUGACUCAUGACACCGGGCCCAAGCGGGGGGGAGAGAGUGCGGUAGAUGCAGCGCAAGUCCACUAGCACUAUAGAUGAAUUCAUGCGCAUCCCAUCCCGCUGCGGCGGCGACAGUCAAACUGUCGAGUGGCUACUGAUACACAAUCAGCUUACGCCUAGAGUUGAGACCUGGCCUUGCUCGUUCUGAACUGCGGCAAAAUUUCCACGGGUGAGUUAGCCCAAGUGUGAGUAACGCGAGGACCUCAGUCGUCUUGUCGUAGCUCAGGUGGUUAGGCCGCUAGCUGUUCUUGAGUCUUUCCUUUGAGGCCGUGGGUUCGAAUGCCACCGAGGCCGCCAAGUUUUAUGGGAGGAAUUAUUAAAAUCUGCCAAAACAUCUAACAAUUAAGUGGGCCUGUUAGGCAUCUGGUGGAUUGUAGAUUGUAUGUUAUUACUGACAAAGACAGGGGAGACUGGGAUGGCCAUUUCUGGCUUAUUAGCCGUCGUCAGCAAGUCAUACCCAACUCCGAAGUGUGAAACACCUUGGGCUCGAUCCCGCGACCUGUUAGUCAGAAGUCUACGCCUCUAACCACUGGGCCACGAGCCCGUUGCUUUGUCGGUUUCGAUUGGGAAUGUACAAUGGUAGGGGGCGUUCACCGAUCGUUCUUACGGACUUCACUCGUUUCGUUGCGCCUUACAAGUUCUCUCUCUCUCUCGAUUGAUUGCUCUGGAAUUCCUGCUUGGGCAGUCAGCUUGCUGGGUGGGGCUCGGAAGCGCUGUCCUGCUUAACCAGCAAAUUACCACUUUCGUACUAUUACCGAUUUCAGUAGGUAGUCAGCACUUAUCACUUUCGUAAUAUUAUUGACUUCGGCAGACGUAGUACAACUUGAGGAUACUUUAAGUUUAAAGUGCUUCGCGGAUUACUGCGAUUGUGAUUUACAAUUGCGUUAGUGUUCGGGUUUUGCGGUUAGGAUUUAAGGUUUAGUGUUAGUGUUUUCGGCUAGGGAGUCAUUCGGCCCCACUUCCUAAAACUCCCAGCUACGUCUUGUGCCUGAUUGGCCACAUUCUUGAGUGGUUUAGUUUCAAUGACCUUGACACACCGAUCACCAUUCUUGUUCGUGAAAUUGGUUUUACUCUUUACCUGUGAUGGAUUUUUGUACUGCGCGGCGCUUACGCGGAAACUUAAUACCCACUAAAACAAACUAGUAUAUUUACCUAUAAUACCCGCGUUUUUGCUUAGUUUUCGCAUCUUCCUCACUGUUUUCCCGCAGCCCGACAUGUAAAGCCACCAUUUCCUAGCAGGACCGCGUUUCUGUCGCCUGCCGCACCAGAAUUGGUGGAUUCCACACGUUCCAGUAUACUGGGCGGGUAAACUGACCCAAAUGUGAUUAAGACUCACGACUGCCGCCCGGCCCUCGUAACUAAGGUAGUUAGAGCGUUUGCUGUACUCAAGCAUUGGGUUCACAUCCCACUGAGGUCGCCGAUUUUUUUCAAAAUUGUAUCAGUAUCGUCUUCGUAGUAAGGUAUUAACUUGGAGAAAGCUUGCUUUUAUCCCACAAGGCACUCAACAUACGCGUUAACUGCUCAAUAUCUGGUUUCGGCAUGCAGGCUUUACGCCACGUCGGUCGCUGUGCCCAACGUCUCUCGCUGCAACUCCGAUCCAGAGCUCAAAUUCCUCACCAAACGCGUUUUUAAACGCUCCCGACUUGCCGAUAGUCUUAGCUUGAGAUUCAUGCUAGCACAACCCUUUCCCACUCAUGCACUGUUCGGGACUCGAUCACUCUUUGAAGUUUGGUUCAUGUUGAGUUGCGGCUCACGCAUUGACGUGUUGUCAUCCUCGUCGGCCGCUACGCGCACACUCAUUCCCGGUCGUCAUGUCCCAUUUUUAUCAUUUAACUAUAGUGGGUAUGUGGGCAGAGUGAGUUAGGCGCUUCGCAAGUCGAUCCAUUAGAAAAGAAAUGCAGACAUUGAUCUCCCCCGGGGCGGAGGGGCUUCUCUUCCUUUGCGAUGUACGAACUUAUACUGCAUGCUCCUCUUCUCUCACACUUCCUACCUAGAGUGAUGUUUUCAUCGGAUCACUUAUUUUCCGUAGCUCGUCUAAAAUGAUCGACGGCCAGCUGAUCUUCUUCCCAUCAUCUUGCCUGGCAUUUGUUUUGAAUUCCCCAAGGCAGGCAAAAAACGUAUAUCCCCCUAGUGAGAGCGGAUAUUUCCCACGCACGUAGUGACGCAAACAGAGUCGUCCUUGUCGCCAACUGUCUGCCAAAAGCCCCAUUUCUCCGCCAUACUGGCCUUUUUCCUCGGUGGUCGACAUUUUUUUUCCUUAUCAUCAGUAAGACUCGCGGGUUCUGCGUUCCGUGUGUGCGCGCUCACUGUUCCUUCCUGAUUGGAGGACUACACUGACGUGGCCUUGUGGCAUCUCCUCUUAUCGCAAGGACACAUCCGAGCGCGUAAAGAAGUCGGUUUUUUGCGCCCCACCUGAGCGACUGGCGACAGUCAUGUCUUGCCCGAAUGCCUGUUCAGACCUUUUUUGUCUAAUCUCAUCUCGUCAUUAAGGCCCAUAUGGCUGUCGGAAGGGAACGUUGGGUUGAUGUUGUGCCUCAACUGGUUUCAUGCGGAGUUGAGUACUACUUAUCUACUAAGUAGUGCUCCUCGCCGCACUUCUCAGGUCCUCGGAACGUCCAGGUGCAGCCUAAACUGGUGUAGUCUACCGCCAAAUAUUCCCGAUCUGAUCUGCCAAGCAGAGUUUGAAAUUUGUAUUUUCUCCGGGGGGUCUGUCAGUUUUGUUUCAUCCUCAGGAUGACGCACCGAAGCAGCAGCACAACCCAGGCCCGGUCGCCUGUUUGUUGAUUAAAAGAUACAGUAGAUUUUUCAACGCAUGCGAAACGUUGCUAAUUAACCGCAGGCCGACAUAAACGAAUGGGCCGAAAGCCCGGAUUAAUAACGUACUAAGCGGAUUUAGACAAUAGAAGAAAUAGCGAAAGUAACAUUACGUUGUCUAGAAUUAACAGUUUUUUAAAUAGUUCACUUUGACCGAGCUGCGAAAAACUCGGUACCUCGGUGGGGUUCGAACCCACGACAACAAGGGGAGGCAUUAUUACAGGCAACGUUCUAACCAUUCAAGCUACGAGGCCCUGCCGGACGUCACGGGUUUAAUCACAUUUGGGUCAAGUUACCCGCCCAACCUACUGCGCCGUCUGGAAUCCACCAAAUCUGAUACAGUAAGCUGACUGUCCAAACAGGAAAUUUGUGAAACAGCAAAAAAAACUUGAAGAAACUUAAGUUUAGAGGUGAGCAGAUAGGAUGUCAUUACCGACAAAGACAUGGGAGACUGGAAUGGCCAUUUCUGGCCUAUUAGCCGUCGUCAGACAGUCAUACCCAACCCCGAAGUGUGAAAAACCUGGGGCUCGAUCCCGCGACAUGGUAGUUAGAAGUCAACGUCUUUAACCACUGAGCCACGGGCUCGGGAAUGUGCAGUGGUAGCAGAAUGUACACCACUUCGGCAUUGAGUAUGACUGGCUGACGACGGCAAAUAGGCAAAAAAUUGCCAUUCCAGUCUUCCUUGUCUUUGUCGGUAAUAACAUUUUGCCUAUAUCAUACGUCGCUGUGCGGCUUCUGGUUGGGCUCGCGUGAGAGAGAGAGAGUCCGUAAGGCACAAUGGGCGAGUGGUUUUCGUAAAAAACGACCGUGCAAAAACCGAGUAACUAAAACAAUACGAGUAGAAUAACUUUAGAAAGUAGACUUUUACCGAAAGUUAUACUCACAUAUAUUUCGGAAAUUAAUGUAAUGUCAAUUAUGGUGGUUGGCCAACCGCCUACAGUUUGAUCAUAGAUUCUAUCUCGGUUUCACGCGGAUGAGUUAUGUUUUUUUCGGUUUGUGCAUUGCUAGAGAAGCGAUUGAAGAAGGCCAACAGGAAUUCGCCUGAUUUCGCCGAUAAGGAUGUCACAGUAAUAAAAGUUCACAUAAGGUCACAGGUUGGAUAAGUCGGCCAAUGACUAACAAAUUUCAACAGGUGCAAUCGGAAAAAUAUCAUUUAAUGUAUAUUAUGUGAACAUUUUUUUCGUGAAAGUCAUUUAAAGUUUUUUAUUUUCUUGAGUACGUUGAGCUCCAGAUCGGCGAAUAUUUUAGAAUUUUCAGUUUUUUCAAUGGAUCCCCUAUAAAGGCUUUGUGUUUUUUAAAGCCUUCAAGGUAGGAUAUUUAUUUACCUAGGUAGUGAGUGUUUGGACAUUCCUUCUGCCGCCGGUAGCUGUUUGGGUCAUAUUUGUAAGUUCGCCUAAACAUGAAACCUCAUCGCCGAGAGAAAUGGACGUCCAUAACAGAAGUCGGCGAUGAAUGUGCCUUGGAUUAAUUUUUUUAAAAAAACGUUAUAUAAUGGUAAAGGUAGUCUGCUGAGGGUGUCUGCGCAUUUUACCUUUUCUCAAAGAUAUUCGAGGCAAAAUUUGAAACAUUUGGUCGGCUUUUUCACUUCCCUGAAAAUUAGUGAUGAUUUUCCUGUUGUAAACGAAACAACGCACUUUUUUCUUUAUACUGGAGCCGUUUUCGCCAUACUUUUUUGUUUUUAGGCUCUAUUCUACGAUUGUUAAUACACAACAGUAUGGCCCUGUAAAUACCGUGAUAUUUGUAAGACAGCUAAUCCUCCGCCUGUUCCGCUUCUAAAUUACACAUUAGUGGAAGCUAGCACAUGCAAUAACCAUCUUGACGUGUGCCUAAAAAUUAACAUAGCCAGUUGGCGGAGGACCCUUCCGCUGUAAGUUAUUGAGGAUUCGCAAAGGGCAAGUAAAUGUCAGAGCGUGUAAACAAAUGCCUGCCCGUAAGUUUUAUCACUCCGUCCUGUGGCAUGAAAUAAGACUUGGUCGGAUGUGGUUAUGUAGCCCCAACCGAAGUAAACUAACCCCAGGCACCUGUACUUUGAGUGGUUGAGAAAUAGUUUCCCUAACCUCAACCCUAACUCUAACCCUUACCCCAACCCCAACAGUAUUGUGUCCCUCAGGUGGGGCUACGUAAUUGCAUCUAACCUCACAUUUUAAAAUCGGUAAAACGUCUGGUCUUCUAAAGAAUAGCCUUGUCACACCUCGUCCCAUCUGACUUACGUGCUGAAAAGGAUCAAUUAUCAAGUGCGAUAAGUCCUGUUUGGUAAAGCCCUCAAGUCUAGAUUACUCUCUUCUCGUCGAAAAACACCGCAUGAACGCGCAAACUUAGUAUGGGACAGCUGUUUGCAUAGGUAGCUGCCCGAAUACAAGGUAGCCUAGAUUUCUUCUUUAAUUUUUAACAAGCGAACCUGGGAGCAUAAGCAGCACCAUUUUCGCGCAUGUUGCUAAAUCCGGACAUCGUUUGAAGCCCAGGAAGCUUUUCCCGUGAUUUAUAAUGUCUCCUCGAGCUAGCCUAAACUACUGGGUCAUCACCUGCUGACAACAGCAGAAGCGGGUGCGACUAGGUUGCGAAAACCAAUCUUGUGCCCACAGAAGAACCACGUUCAGGCUCCGCACCUACAGUGGUCAAAGGUCGACUAAUGCCUCUACUCUCCGUACCCCUUUCCUCUCAUAUCGCUCCUGGCAUUGACUGUUAUUGCCCCCCACCAUUCCCCCCCAGCAUUCACACACCCACUUAUGUUUUUAAACGAAAUUUAAUCGAUUUCUCUUAUUACUCCCAUGUGCUUGCCUCUACCCCAUCUCUAUAUAAGUGUGUUAGCUCGAGGAGAAUUUAUCAAAAGCAACCUAUUCUCGCCAAAUCGUCUUCUUAAGAAGCUGUUCACUACAGUGACGCAAGGCAACUUUCUGAUGAAGUCGCUCAAGGUCGUCGCCUUCCUAGGUCUCAGUUGGCCCGAUUACUUCGUUUGUUUUUGUUUUCCUGCUGCGUCCGACGUUUCACCAAAGCAGUCCAAAAACUGUGGAAACCACCUGUGUGCAGGAGAGACUACAGAGACUCUGCGUCUUAGAGCUAGGGCUCUCACGAACGUUUGUCUGUCCGUUGACAAUCCGUGCUUGCGAAGUUUCACCCACAAAGACAAAAAGCCCGUAAACAGAACUUUCUGGCUUCUGCCGUCGUCAGCCAAGACCACGAAGACCUCAGUCUUUUAGCCGGCGUUCCGUUUACCAUUGCUCUCAACGCUUAACGGCUUAAAGUCGCGUAUCUGCACACCAUCCUCUGCCGUCAUGGGCCUUCGUGUCCGUACUAGCUGACUUGCUCACACAGCGUCCUAACGAUCCGCCCACACACCGUGCGCUUGAUAUCGCGCCAACCCCCGACAGGGUUGGAGGUUUACUCAAAUACUCAGAUGAGUCGGAGGUCCAGCCGAAGGACACCACUUGAUUGGUUGGUUUUUAGUCUAAUCUUGGAUAUUCCCCCUGUUGCUUCUUCACCUUAUAUGACAGUCCGACCGUGGAUUCCGAUGAUGUCUAUCGUGCGACCCACGGCAUGUCAAGUGCCGGGACGAUGACUUGUUCAUGAAUCAAAGCAGUAGCAGACUUGCGCUGCAUCUGUCCCACCUUUCCCUCACUAAACUGGACGGAGUUGAGAAGACCAGAAAGGGGGGGGAUCGAACGUGGGUGGCUGGCGCCUUUUGAACCUGCGCCUAGGCGUGCCGCCAUGUGUGGCAUUUUUUGUUGGCUCGCACCGCCAAUAACGCCUGCUCUGUCCCCCCAUGUCGGUCUAGCGUGGCUCGUUGCAAGGGCCUUAUAUUCGCUGUAGAGUACAGCGGUAAAUCACUUUUAUUUCGUCCAUGUCGCUCAGUUCUUGUUUGGAGAUUCGAUCGAGAAGGGUUUUUGUGGAUGGGUGAUCAGCUAGGCGCGCGACCAGUGCAUAGCAAUUCAAACUUACAAAGUCGUGUCUCAUGGUGCUCGCCAAAGAAUGCCUUUUACUGGCGUCCCACGACCGAAUUUACUCCUAACCCAAUGCCUCAUGAAAUAUUACCCAAGACUCUGGAGUGUGUUCUUAAGCAGAGUCUGCCACUUAAGUGUGGUUGUAAGACUAAUUAUCGUGCAGCAUAAUCAUUAAAAUAUUUAAGCCAACUCGGGAUGCCGGCUUUUGUGCCUGCUUUGGAAGUAAAUUUUGUCUUCUUCGGAUUUUAGGAUUGAGGAAAGGAUACAGUAGGUGGGCUAACUCAUGCAAUUUCAACCGAAAUUCCGAAAUGCGUUUUCGUCUCGGGAAGAUUACUUAAGUAAGGUUGUAAAACUAAUCAUCCUGCAGCAUAAUUCCAUAAUAAAUCAGUUAGCUCGGGAAGCCGGUUUUAGAACGAACUUCUUUCCGGCUGCAUUCAAAAACUGUACUCUGUUAAAAUGGCCACUUAAGUAGCGUGAAUUUUUCUCAUUUAUUUCCGAUGCCCAUGAAAAUUGAAUUAUAUUUCACAGAAAACAUGCAUAACAAUACUCAUUGUUUGCGCGUUCGGUAGAAAAUUACAUCUAUCUUCAGUUUUUCACUCGAAGGAAGGGUAUAAUUCGGUUUUGAAAAAGUUUCUAAUUGUGAGAUUUUUUGAUCCCGUGAAAUGGCCCUUCACAAAACGUCAUGUCUCUGCAUUUACCAACGUGGCUUGUUAAGUUAAUAAUUUGGCCCAAGUUCACCGCUAAGUUUUAUGAACCCCAUAUGGUCUCCUCUUAUUACCGUAGAGAAAUGUAUGGUUUUCCAAAUGCGGAAAAUAUAAGGCUUGUAGUUUGGAUACCCUGAAUGCAAGUGUAACGGCAAGUCGGGAUUCAUAAUUAUUCUGGAAUUGGAAGUUUUUGAAAACUAAAUUAUACCAUCCUUCGAUUAUUAAAUUGGAGAACCUAAUUUUCUACCGAAUGAGCAAAAGAAUGAAUAUUUUUAUGUUUGUUCCCCAAGAAUUAUAAUAGAUUUUUUAAGGCAUCAAAGAUCAAUGACAAAAACGCAUGCUACUUAAGUCGUCAUUUUUUUAGAGAUUAUGGUUUUUGCAUGCAGCUGGAAAUAGUUUCCUCAGCAGCCGGCAUUCUGGGGUAACUGAAUUAUUGUAGAAUUAUGCUGCACGACGACUGAUUUUACAACCCUACUUAAUUAGUCUUUUCGAAAAGGAAACACAUUUCGGAAUUUCGGUUGAAAUUUCAUGAGUUAGCCCACCUACUGUCGUGUAAUCUGUCAAAAUCUACACCGCGUUGUGAUUCUCCUACUGCACCUCAACAAAUUUCCGCCCCUCCUCCUAGUAUCUAAUUUUCCUGUGUUGUCUUGGUUAGUCAGAAAAGCAUGGGCCACUUUCAGCCCUCCUCCUAUGACGAUCUGGAAUAUGAGCGCUUCUUCUCUGACUGCGCUCGAGUUCUUUCUGUGCCGAAUCUGGCCAGAAGGCGCAUACCAAAGACUGUGUUUUAGAAUGUCUCGCUAGCCCUACCCGAGCAGUCAAAUCUACCAAUGAGGUGGCACCUAGAGCAAAUUGGCGCCACCGUUUCAGUGAUAGCCAAACCAGAUGUUGGCGACAUAGGUGAGCGUCGGUAUUCUGCCUGUGAAACACUAUAACAGGUGAAUGGCUUAGCUCCACACAGAAGAACCCUACAGUUCGACCGUCAUGACCGACGAUGUCCACCCUGUGCUACACAGCUAGGUGCAGCGGGCACGGUGACUUGCUCGUGAAUUAGUUUAAAGUGAGAGUGGACUUGCGCAGAGCCUACCGCACUCUAUCCUCCUUCCCCACCUGGACCCCGCGUCAAGACAGGGGGGAGGGCGCAGGUGGAUGCUGCGGUCGAGCCCGCACCUUGGCGUUCCGCUCCACACCUCCCGGUCCACAACAUACACUUGACCAGGAUUUUUCACCAACAACAGUAAUAGCAACAUCCCAACACGGGUCAGAAGGACAACGAGAAUGACUGGGCGGCCAUGCCCACCACCUGUAUACUCAGCGGGAACGCAAGUGCAUCUACCGGCAGGGAACCAGGCGUCAGGGAACUGCCAGCGCAUAUUAGGCUGCUAAGGCCAUGGUUUGCUGCUCAACACCAGCUUUCAGACUUUUUGACGAGACCAAAAGGACAGGGAUGGCUGUAUCUGCCACGUCUCUUAAACAAAGGAACCAGGAUGGCAACCGACAAGAAGUUCCACUGAUUACCUGCUUAACCAACCAAGCGACGUAUCCGGUCAAAGACGCGGAUCCACUGCUCCAGUGGCUGGUUGAAAAGAUGAAACAGAAUGAGGAUGUCUCACCCUCCGACUAGAUCGCUGAAACACUGUCCUACCGCCAUGAACGCUUUGGAUCGCGCACAUCAAGACUGGUUUUACGGCACCAACGUGGGGAAAUAACCAGCCUGCUCUUCGAGAAGAAUUGACUGCACAAAACCUAUUCCAACCGACGAAGCAGCUGCGGAUAAGGAUGAGGGAAAUGCGUCGAUGAGUCGUAGUGCCGAGGAAGUACAAGGAUAUGCAGACCGAAAUGAAAUGACUAGCCCAGUUCAACAUGAAGUAAGACCGUCGUCCGAUUCUUGGAAGCACAGUCCUCUGCUACCGGCGGCAAGUGGCCUGACGCUGUCUUUGUCGGCAAACACUUCUUAAUUUAAAAGUUGAUAGUCUUCCUAAUGGCUGUCUGCGGCAAUUGUAGACUCAACGGAGCAGAAAUCUUAAUUUCCGUCCUAUAAGCCGGAUGCCUGCCUCUACACGCUACAUCAAACCGCCUCUGCGUGCUCUGCCUUCUUCAGUGGAAACUAGCUCGCCCACCUGUCCUUGCUUCUUAUGCCGCUCUGGCCGUCGGUUUAUGGUUGACCAAUUAAGAGGAUGAAAACCCCAAACUGUCUGCGUACUUCCCUUUGUUUAAUCUGGAGACCUCGAAGUUUCCUGACCAACAUCAGCAGUAGUCGUCGGAUCAUUUGGACUACCACCCAGUUGUACGUGUGUUGCCAGCUGGUCGAUGGGGAAAGCGCAAGGUUCCUCUUGACGGAGACCUAGGAAUAAUAAGCAAACAGGACCCAGAGACCCCUUUAUUCUGCCGGUAGAAUAGCCUUAGCUCCCCUCUUUUUGUCAUUCUGCAAUGAACUUGUCUCAUAUGAUAUGUAUAAGUGAAGAAGAAGAGUCGAACACCGGAACACUUCGUUUAUUGUUCUGAGUUUUUAGACUGCUGUAGGAGUCCAUCGUCAGUUUUCGCAGCGACCAUCCGGUGGCUCAUAAACGAAGCUGUGUGAAGGCGCUCUUCAAACGGAUCCAAGCUCAUUGCAGCAAACCGGAGGACAGAGCAUGUGAGGCCGGUUAUCUCUGCGAGCAGUUUGCGCAAAAUGGCUAUCCGAGGGCAUUCAUAAGUCGCUACCUACGCGGUCGCCAUCAGAGGACUCGAACAUCAACACCACCGACGAUAUGACAUUCUCUGCUAUACAUCAAUAACGUUUCAGAAGCGACCGAGCGCAUUGCGUCGGAGCUAGGUGUUGGAAUUGCACACCACCCCAAAGCCACCUUGCGCAAUAGGGUCAUGAAAAUUAAAGACCGGUUAAAGCCUAAAGAGCAAACUGGGGUAGUGUAUCGCAUUCCGUGUCAAAAUUGUCCUUGUAACUACACAGGGCAGACUGGGCGCAUGCUCGGAUCGCGCAUACACGAACAUAAGCUGGCUGUGCGACGAGGCGACGCAUUAUCGCAAGUGGCCGCCGACACCUACGAAGUGCGUCACGAGUUUAACUUCACAGGCACCAAAUUAGUCGCCCACGCCGGAAGCAAAACAGUCUGAGAAUUGAUUGAAGCCUGGGCCUCGGAUGAGAACUCAGUCAAUCGAUUUAUCGAUCUGGCGCCGACGCACAGAGCCCCGCAUAGUCAUCUCCAGUCUUUCACCGUCAGUCGAUGAUUCGGCCCACAUGCCUUAUAACUGUCGCCUGUUCUGAUUCUGCCGCUACCCCUGAAGAUGGACUCCUGCAAGAGUCUGAAACUUCAGGACGAUAGACUGCAGCCCCUUAGACAUGAACCAUCCUUAUCUGCUUUUGUCUCUGAUGAUGGAUUAGAGCAGGAAUCCGAAACCUCAGGCUAUUAAAGCACUUGUCCCGGCGGUCGUGUCUUCUUCUUUUUCUUCUUCCUCUUCUUUUUCAAUAAGCGAACGUUCCGGUGCUCGAAUCUUCUUCGUCACUUGUGCAUACACCUGGAACUCGAAAUUCCGCCUUCAUAUGAUAUGUUGAUUAGACGGGCAAGUGGCUCGAUAGAUGAAACCGCGUCGCAUGACCGAAUAGGCAGUUGUACGAGGCAUUUUAUCUCAAAUUUGUCUAGGAUCACAGUCCUCGUCUCUUGUGGUACUACUCGUAAGUUAUGAAAUGGAAUAUUUCAUUUCUGACUCCACGACUUAAUCUCUUCCCCACUCACCAGAUAAACACUUAUGUGUGCACAGCUGUGAUCGAAUACAAUAGCCUUUGUUUGGGCACCCGUUGAUCAGGUUUGGGGACCUGCUUCGUCUUGAGCCAUAGUAGGCAGUCGCACAGCGACCAGCCGGUUAUGCCGACAGUGAUAAGGCCUGAAUGGCUAUUUCUGGUUUAUUAGCCGACUGCUGAACUUAGUAAUGCGAGUUCGAGGCGGCCCAGUUGCGGCAAGCUUGGAUUUGGGGAGUUCCGGCCAAUGACGGCGAAGACAUAGCCACUUCAGUUUCACUCCUCUCUGUCGGCACCCUUCCGCGUAUGGUUAAUUGUAGUCGAGUAGGCAAUCGUCCCCCGAUCCAAGUGGACCUUGCGGGCCAUACGACCCAUACCUCUCCCGCCCGUACUACACCCACUCCGUGGUUAGUCUACAGGCUUGGCUCGUCUUCUCGACGUUCCUAUCAUUCCACGUAAGGUAGUGCAAACAGGGGGAAUGGAUGGGAGGGGAGAUCGUCUCAGGACAGGGGGAUGCGCAUUAGGUUCCGCAGUUCCUCUGACUUUGACUGCUUCGGAACCUGGGGACCACGACGAGAUGCUUGGUGAAUCGGCCAAAGGAAUCGCUUCAGACGACGAGACAACUGAUAGUAGUCAGUUUGUUUAUGUUAUGCUGCAAAGUUUAUGGGCAAUGCUUUUGAAAUGCAUAAUAGCAACCUGUCCUAGCAUCACAACGCGAUCUGGGCCUCCCAAAUGACAGAGAUUUCGUUAGAAGACUGCGGUUGUUAUCUUCUCUGACCAAAAAUGAACUCAGAAGUAAAUUAAAUUUGACCACCUAUAGGACGUUUGCGGCAUGCUCUCUCCUCCUCCUCCUCCUCCUGCUCCACCUCCUACUCCUCUCCGUCGUUCAUCUACUACAAUGUCUACUCCCCUUAUUGUGUUGUUACUGCUCAUGGCAGCACAGAUGACGAUAGCAAUUGCUGAUGGUAAUUAGUAGUUUAUAGAUGUUUGGUCAGAUUUUGAAUUAUUCAUAUUGACCCAACUGUGAAAAACUUGGCACCUCGGUGGGUUCUGAACCCACGACACAAGGGAAAGACUUUAUUACAGCCAACAUUCAAACCACUCGAUCUACGAUGCCCUGCCGAACGACGCGGGUUAAUAUGAAUUAUUCAAAAUCUGCCAGAAUAUCAAUGAAUUACGUGAGCCUGGUAGUGAUUUGGCGGAUUCUAAGUGAAUUACUUAGGAAAUCCUGCUUGGGCAGUCAACUUACUGCAUCAGAUUUGGUGGAUUCCAGACGUUGCAGUAGGUUGGGCGGGUAACUUGACCCAAGUGUGAUAAAACUCGCGUCGUCCGGCGGGGCCUCGUAGCUCAGGUGGUUAGCACGUUGGCUGUACUAAAGCCUUCCCCUUACUGCGCGGGUUCGAAUCCUACCAAGGCGCCGAGUUUUUCACAGUUGGAUCAAUAUAAAUUAGUAGUUUGUUCCAAACAUAGGAAUAAUAGUCGGCCGAUCGUUACAGUGGAUUGCGCUUUGAAAGACGAGGACACUUUAGCCAUUACCCAUUUUCAACUGUACUCGGGAAUAUAGCAUUUAAGUCGAGCAUACAACUUGUCUGUCAAUAAACAUGCCUCACCGGGCUCAGAAGUCUGAAUUUAACCGGAAGUCUCUGUCCUGCCAGUAGCUCGAACCGCAUCCAUAAAACGGUAUUCCGAUCCCAACAGCAGCUGUCCCAUGGCGUCAUGUCUAGCCCGUCAAAUGCGGUCGCUCCUCUGGAAGAGGUCACGUAGACCUGACACAGCGGACAGAAAUCUCCACCUUCAAGCGCAGAUGAACAAGUCGCGACCAUUCGGUGUCCCGGUGAUGCCAUUCGGACGAGCCGAAACUUGUGGCUUAUCAGGAGUAGCUCCUACAUGAACCGUUUUGCGUGAUUCGGUAUAAUUUUUUUAGUCAACUUGCAGGCAAACCAGCGCAGACCAUUUCUUCAUGAUUGGUUUUUAUUUCAAACAUGUUUUAUCUGAUUACAAUAGAAGAGAGGUUCCUAAUGUCAUAACAUCCUCUCUUCCACUAAAAUCAGAUGGGACAUGCUUUUACGGUUUGUACUUUUGGUUGUUGAGCCCGCGGAGGCGAGCUCAAAUCUAGAUUUAAACACGCACACAGAGAAGGGGGUGGACUUAAAGCUGUCUCAAUUGAUACACUUUUGUCGUCUAGUCGCCCAACAACUUCAGAUCCCACGUAAAGAGUACAACAUUUGUUGCGACAUUCGCCCACGCAUUUCGUAGUCUCGGCGUGGAUUCUAGCGUCUCCGGGGACGAAAGUGCCUUAAACGGCUGGGAAAAUUUGUCUUCUGUCACCUGGACUAGUGACUCGAUUGAGUACUAAACCUCGACCCUCUUCCCCAGUGCAGGUGUGCUUCGGAGUAAUUGCUACAGUAGGUGGGCCAACUCAUGAAAUGACAACCGAAAUUCCGAAAUGCGUUUCAGUUUCCAAAAUUUUAAUUAAGUAGGGUUGUAAAACUAAUCAUCCUGCAGUUUAAUUCUAUAAUAUUUCAGUUAUCUCAGGAUGUUGGCUUUCGAAAGAACGUCCUUCUGGCUGCAUGCAAAAACAACACUCUGUAAAAAAUGACUAGUAGCAUUUAUUUUCGAUGCCCCUAAAAGUCACAGUAUAUGUAUAUGUAAAUAUUUAAGCGCAUUAAGAAUCGAUGGGUGAAAUACAUACUACUUAAACAGCCACAUUUUACCGAAACUCGUAUAUGCGGGCAGCCGGAAGGAUGCGCAUUCAAAAACCGACAUCUUGGCUUGACUGAAAUACCUCAGAAUCACGCCGCACCCACGUAAUCUUUUAUAAUCGAGAGCUGAUUUCAGAAUUUUAAUUAACAUUUCAUGAAACAGACCAGCUACUGUGGGUACAUGCUAAAAGUCCCGGCACGUGUUUGACCGAUGCAUGAGGCUUCAGCUCCCCGGUGGGUCCUCGAUCGAUAAAUGCCAAUCUAAGGAUGUUAACGGAAGGAUCUGGCUUUAAAUGCACGGGGCACGACUUGGGGUUAAGUUGACUGAAGCCUCGAGGUCCAGAUGUGGUUUCGCGUACUCCACCUCCCGAGGAAUUCAAAGAUGAAGGGAAGGCGGCCUCACUGACCGCACUGUAUCUGUACUUGCAUUUCAACGCUACUAUCAGAAUGGUUAGGUGGCUGUCCCUGCCAGCCGGCGAAGGACUGUUUCUGACUUAUCAGCCAUCUUCAACCAGCCAUACCCAGUCUGGAUAACCUGCUGCUCAUCCGCGUACUCGUUUGUCUACUAAGCGUUAAUCCGAAUGCUGUGCCGCUGAUCCUUUGCCCUAUAUACAUCUGAAAUAUACCGAGCUCAUCGACAAUUUUAACUUUCGUCUCUCUAAUCGAUUACUUCCAGAAGUCUUAUGGACAGUAUGGAGCCAGUCCGACAUCGAGACAAGCCUUGCGAGAGAAAUCCCCUCAUCUUCGUCACAAUUAGAGCACUUCGCUCCGGCGGAGUAUUUCAGUCAUCAGUCUACUGUUAGAACAGGCUGAAGACAAUGUGGUAGAACUGUCUCUGAAUUCCUACUACGAGGGACAGGAUCUAGGCGCCGAUUACACACACACUCCUCCAAGGCUUAAUAAGUUCUCUAGGAGUAUUUGCGAUACUGCAUGUUCGGUGGCCGGCUCUUGACAGCGUCCACGAUUACUGUUUCACCGCUUUGGUCAGAUUUUCUAGUCCGGGAGGGGGUGUUGUUCUUGUUCCCGUCUUUUGUCCGGGCCAGCCAGACGAGUCUGGGCCUGGCCGUCCCUUGUACUGACUCUCAGUCUGAGGUAGACGCAUGGCUCUGACUGCAUAAUUGAUGCGGCCCACCCCCAGACGACGAGGUUGGCGUUCCCCUCCUCCCUUCUGCAUGCACCGCGAACUCCGCCUUCCCUUCCACCGCAUUGCCUCCUCUGCUAACGAUGUAUUGCAGUCUCCGACAGCGCCGGAUCGUGGAUACUGUGGGCUGAAUGUUGUGCCUGUGGUACCUGCGUGUUUUGCUGUGAAAACAUUCCAUUCUGCACUCUCCCAUCUGGCUUAACGGCUUCACCUUAGUUACACAAUUCUUGGGAAUGUGCCAUUCAAAUCCAACCACAGGGCUUUUGACCAAGUCAGCGUAGGACACCGGAACGCAGACCACAUUUCCAAACGUUUUUCAGUUAGACUUGUAGGAGCCUAAGAGAGAAACAGGUGCAUAUAUAUAUAUAUAUAUAUAUAUGCAUAUAUAUGCGUAAGUAUUGAAAGGUAGGCAUCCCUAGCGAGAUAAGUUGAAAAGAGAUGGGUGUGAGCUGGGGGCAGAAUUACGGCAGACUUACGAUGCGCACGGUUACGACUCGGGGGGAGUGUUUGGAAGAUGGGUGAUAUUGCAUCUGUGAGACUGCAGGCGGUCGAAUUAGUGCUCGUUCAGUUGAGAUGAGAGCCAGAGCCGGUGACCCAUGCUCACAGACCCUCUUAGUGAACGCCUCGGUCAAUAUGACGGUUGACACCACCCCCUGUUUGGACUACCAGGCUCUUUUUGUGUUGGUCACAACGGGCACCUCAGUUUCAUCCCAAUUAAUUCGGUAAUCACGCACGAGGGCGCGCGCGCGAAGACACAAGGGACAGAGGGGUCACGCCGAUGGAAAUCCGUUAAUAAGAGUGCCUAGGCGUCGACCCGUACAACCAACAUCCGCACAAGAGCGCUUGGUGUAUAAGAUGCGUUAAACUAAGUUUUUCGCUUGGUCUUUAGGGACGAGAAUCAUUAAUUUGACGCAACGUCAUGCACAGUAAGUACGCUAGCUUGUGGGCAACUCGACUGCAAGAAUUACUCAACUACCGAACGAUAAUUUCGAACGUCCCGUGCAUAUAAAACCGGCGAGUAGAAUUUUUUAGGCACGACUUUCCCCAUUGGGGACGACACCUCGCGACUGUGUCUAACGCCCGAGGCAGUUCUGCUGAACACCAGCCGGGUGUUAUUUAAAUUGAACCAACCAGCGUAGAUUGGAAAAGUUUAGAGAUCCGGGAAGAUUAUUAGAAGAAGAAGAAGAAAAUUGGCUCUCCGGAACAGGUUUAUUUAACUGCUGACGUUUCAAAGAGCUGGGUCGGCUCUUCAUUGUCAAAGCGAAAACUGCACCUAGUCGAUCAGAAAUUUAGUUUAAAGCGGCAAGUUGUGUUGGCCGGCCUCAUGCUGAUCGAUGUUUUUCCUCUCCUCCCGCUACGUCGGCCUCUCAGGAGAUGGUUGACGGGCGUUUUUGCCUGUGCGCUUUAUGAGUCACCACUCCGUCGAGGGGAGCUGAUUGGACUUUAGUCGGGCGGUCGGUCUGGCGGUUCUUGUUCUUCCUCACCGAGUAAGCUCAGCGUCGGGCUAUCUCCGUACUGCCUUCUUAAGUCAGGUGUGGUUGUUUGGUCCUGAGCUCUACGAUUGUGAUGACGUAAGACUUUGUAAGCUGCAGGAAGGUCCAGAUGCCUGUUGAUAGAGUGGGCAUCGGAGAACCACGCUUCGAGAGUUAGCCGUUCUGUUUUUGUGUUGCCUCGGCCUAAGAUGGUAGCCCUCUGGAGGUCAAAAGUAUGCCCCGUUUCUCUAACGUGUGUAGCUAGUUGAGAGUUAGGGUCUAACCUCCGAGUGGCCGAUUUAUGUUCUUGUAGGCGAGUUUGCAAUUUCCGCCCGGUUUCGCCCACACAGUUGCAGUCGCCCUCAUUGCAAUUUAUUUUGUAGAUGACUGCUGAGGUUUCAGCGGGUGGCAAUGGGUCCUUGGGCUGCAUUAGGCGACGUCGAAUUGUUGCUUGUGGUCGAUGGGCUAUGCCUACUCUGUUGGGUUAAAACAGUCGCCAGACCGCUCCAGAGACGCCUUUAACGUAAAGAAUGGCCCUCCAGACUUCGGGUUGCUGCACAUUUGGCCGUCGUCUGGACGCCCAACGUCUGCUUCUCUCAAUAAAAUGUCUAGGAUAACCAUUGGCUGCAAAUAGGUCCACAAGGUACAAUCGCUCGGCUAUUUAUCUUCUGGCGUGCUGCAACUAGCGAGAGAUGUUGUGGACCAACUAUUGGCAGAGCGGUAUGAGUAGAGAGACAGACCUCUGAAGUCUAAGCAUCUGCUCGAGCUUCUGCGAUACUGUCUCAAGACCUAUUUCACCUUUGAAGGACAAACGUAUGAACAAAUAAAGGGCACUCCUAUGGGCUCCCCUAUAUCAGGCCUAGUCGCUGAAGUAGUUCUUCAGCGGGUAGAACACUUGGUCUUCACCAAAUAUCAACCGAAGUUCUUGGCCCGCUAUAUCGAUGACACCUUCGUCGUUGUCAAAACAACUGAAAUUGAACACCUAAAGGAACUACUGAACUCGGUUGACCCGGAUAUACAAUUUACGAUGGAAGCGGAAACAAACAACCAACUGCCCUUCCUUGACGUACUUGUGCGCCGGUGUACCACUGGACAGCUGCAAACUAAAGUAUUCCGAAAAUCCACCGACACGAGACAGAUCCUACACUUCAACAGCAACCAUCCUCUGUCUCACAAACGUAGUUGUGUCCGCAUACUUUUGACCUCCAGAGGGCUACCAUCUUAGGCCGAGGCAACACAAAAACAGAACGGCUAACUCUCGAAGCGUGGUUCUCCGAUGCCCACUCUAUCAACAGGCAUCUGGACCUUCCUGCAGCUUAUAAAGUCCUACGUUAACACAGUCGUAGAGCUCAGGACUAAACAACCACACCUGACUUAAGAAGGCAGUACGGAGAUAGCCCGACGCUGAGCUUACUCGGUGAGGAAGAACAAGAACCGCCAGACCGACCGCCCGACUAAAGUCCAAUCAGCUCCCCUCGACGGAGUGGUGACUCAUAAAGCGCACAGGCAAAAACGCCCGUCAACCAUCUCCUGAGAGGCCGACGUAGCGGGAGGAGAGGAAAAACAUCGAUCAGCAUGAGGCCGGCCAACACAACUUGCCGCUUUAAACUAAAUUUCUGAUCGACUAGGUGCAGUUUUCGCUUUGACAAUGAAGAGCCGACCCAGCUCUUUGAAACGUCAGCAGUUAAAUAAACCUGUUCCGGAGAGCCAAUUUUCUUCUUCUACCAACCAGCGUAGGUAAGCUAGUUUUCUUCCUGGAUAGAUCGUCACCGCAGCAUCCUCCGUGAGCUGUAGGAUGAUUUCUUCCCCAACUUGGGAUAAUCUCGUCACUAGAUCCCUCCCUAUAAACACUUUUUCUGAAGCCACCAUCACUCAGGCCUUUCUAUGCCAACAUCCAGAAGCUCCAGACUGUCAUCCUCACGAGUAAACUUUGUUGCCGGGAAGGACGUCUUGCAGCCGCUGAUGCAGUCAUUUGUUUUCACAGUUCUUUACAGUGACAAAGGUUUAGUCCACGUAAAGAGGAGCUUGAAAGUUAGAACAACAUCUUCUAGUCGCCUUUAGCCUUAAUAUUGACGAGCUUUUUGCGGCUCUACUAACCUGUGGGCAGUGCAAAUCGCUGAAUUGGCAGUAGUUUCUAAGACAGAAAGUAAGCACGUCUAAAACAUGUUGCGUGUUAAUCGCAACAGGAUUAUCUUGCAGGCAUUCUGUGGUUAACGAGGCGACGACAUCAGUGGGCAGGAUGUAUUCCUCAGAACCUACCGCUAGGCCUUAAGUCCUUCGGAGAAUGCGUUAGAGUUGUUGAUGUAAUGCGGUCCAUCAGUUAGAUGCCUGCUCAACCACUUUGACAUUCGGUCGGUAGGUGAUCCGAUGAGUGAUAGGGGUGAAUCUGCUUUGUGCACCUGUGGCUGACCAUACGCCGAGUGUGGUAAGUUUGGACUCAUGAAUUUCAGACGAGCUAGCUCAUUCACUUUGCCUUUGGCAGCCGCGACUUCAGGGUGUAGACCUUGCCACUAAAGAUUUCGUUAGCCACUGAGGACUAUUCUGUCGCUUCUUGGAUCACCCGCUCUACCGUCGUAAAGAUGCAAGUGAGUGGUUGUUCAACCGCCGUGACCGGCGAUAUCCGCCGUGUACUCCACAACAGGGUGAGAGCAGGCACGGUGACUUCUGCGUGAAUUAGUUUAUGGUGAGAGUGGACUUGCACAGCAUUUACCGCACUCUCUCCUCCUCCACACCCGGGCCUGGGGCCAUACCAAGUCUAGAAGACCGGAGGCGGGAGAGGCCGCAGGUGGCUGGCGCGGCCGGGCCCGCACCUAGGCGUGCCACCAUACCACCUGGUUCACAACAACCACUUGACCAGUAUUUUGGCCAACAGCAAAAUGAGGCGGAAGCGGCUACAUAAACCGGCAACUGGGGCUGCCACUGCACCCCAAAUGUUGGCAUUUGUUGUGGUACGCAUUCCGAUCACGCCUGCCAGAAUCCGAUACGGCCAACGUGUGAGUCCAGCGCAUCCACUGCAAUAAAGUGCCUUCUAGAUGACACCACAUCUCUCUAACGACUCACGCCAAACCAUUUCCGUCUCUUAAUUGGGUAGAUAUGCACAGCAUACUGCCUAAAAGCAUCCUCAAAAUCACCUUGCAAUGAUUUUCUUCACGGUCUUUUCUGCGAUUUUCGUUCAUGGCUCUCACCUUCUGUCUCUGGUUCGUUCUCUAGUAGGUUGCUGAUGUUCUGGCUAAGUGAGUAGUAAGACGCACACGGCACCACUAUUUCUGUCGGAGUCGCUAUGGCGCCGUCACGUAUUUGGUGAUGGUAUGCUGCAGAUGAGGCAGCCUCUCCUGUCGAAUAUCUCGGCCGCCACUACACUAGCCAGUACGUGGGCGUGCCUUUGCAAACAACGAUUGUCCGAACUGACACUUUUGAAACGCUCGCCUCACCGAAUUCAGACUGGAGGGUUUGUAGAGCUGAUUGUCGUUGAACGAGUUUUUUUUCAGCCGGAAAAUAAGUGUUCGACUGCCGGAGGGGAGCAGACUACAAACCCCGUCAUUUAUCUCUCAGUAAUUAGCCCCUCUUGGGUGAUGCUGCUUCCGACGGCCGUCCUCGUACCAGCGGGCUGACCCGUGUAGGGACAAGGCAGGUCAACUGCCCUCUGCCCCCAGCCUCGGCGGCGGCGUCUUGACAAGAUCCCCAGUCCACAUGAUCGCGUUUUACCCCUCAGACCGUUAAUCACUGUCGACCCAUCAGUGGUGUGGCCUUGUUUCAGGUGGUUUCCUCUUAGACCUGUGUAUGGUGACAGCUCUCACCGCAGUGAUUUAUCUCCUGCCACUUUUUUUCACCCCAAUUUUCCUUCGGUCUUGAUUUGCCCUUCUGUAAUCCAGGGGUUCACACUAUCGUAUUUUGUUCCUCUUUUCUCCCACAAUCUUUUAAAGAACCGGAAUCCACCUCUGCGCCUCUUACAAUAUCUGUCGUGCCGCCCGUUUCUGCCGCUGCUUUACCGCUCUUCUUUGAGUCUAGAGUCUCAAAGAAGUGCGUUUCGACACCCCAGUAUAUGUCGUGAUUGAUUGUGGUGGCACACCCACGUGCCGUCUCCCGCCGCGCCGGUUGGGCAAAAUCCUGGCCAGUGUACGUUGUGGACCAGGGAGUGCGGUGGUAUGCCUAAGUGCGGGUUUUUGCACCUCCCACCUCCGGUCUACUUGUCUCUGUUUUGACACCGGGCCCAGGUGGGAAGGAGGUGGAGAGAGUGCGGUAGAUGCGGAGCAGGUCUGUUCUUAUUUUAACUUUAAGUCACCCGGCUGCGGAGCACACAGCAGACAUCGUCGACAACGAUGGUCGAAGUUGACUGCUUAUACCGUUAAUUAUAGUAGAUCUAUGAUUACGUGGCAACUGCGCCCAUUGUGGCUUCAUUGCCCUUAUCUGCGACCGUCUCUGGCGAUGCCUUCGAGUGCGAAUCCAAGACCUCGUGCCAAUAAACUUCUUGUUUUAGCGACCGCAUCUUCGUAGGUGUCUAAAGUCAUACAGCUAUCGGAAAAUCUUGCGAUCGACAAUCGCCCAUGCAACUGUCGGUCUUGGAGUUUGUUUCAGGUAUGGGAGGGGCAAUGUAGCUGCAAGUCAGGUCAACCCUAGAAACAUAUUUUGUGUUAGGCCUUUGCGUCAUGUCGGUGUCCGAUUUUUUAUCACUCGGUAGCGAUAACAGCACCGCUUGGUUACAGUUUACCUUCGGUUUCCCCACGUUUACGUACAUUUGGUUUCUGCUCGUGGAAGGGACAGACAAAAGAACGGCGAAACACGCGUGUCUGGGCGUUUAGCUGCUACCUAUGUUGUCUGUACGGUAAAUAACUACACAAGCCUAUUUAUCAUUGUCAUUUCUAUUCGGAUGACAUCCUGCAGACAUUUGACAUACAAGAGAAGGCGAUACAGUAAUGCCAAUUAAUGUGGCGUAGUGGGAAAUUAAUACAAAAUCGACCAGUUGGUAUAGCGCGGAUUUACUAGGACUCCUAGUACACCUACGUUAUCCGCCUCAUCUCAUGAAAUACUAGCCAAAACUUCGAAAUGUGUUUUCUGUUAGAUAGGAAUACAUACAGUAGGUGGGCCAACUCAUGAAAUGUCCACCAAAAUUCCGAAAUGCGUUUUAGUUUCGAAAAGAUUAAUUAAGUAGGGCUGUAAAACGAAUCAUUGUGCAGCAUAAAUACGCAAUAUUUCAGUUGCCUCAGGAUGCCGGCUUUCGAAUGAUUUCCCUUCCGGGUGCAUGCAAAAACUACACUCUGUAAAAAUAACCACUUAAGUGGUAUGAAUUUUUCUCAAUGAUUUUUGAUGCCCCUAAAGAUCCAAUUAUAUUUCAUGGAAAACAUACAUGAAGACAUUCAUUCUUUCGCUCUUUCAGUAGAUAAUUACGUCUUCUCCCAAUUUUAUUCUCGAAGAAGGGAUAUAAUUUGGUUUUUAAAAACUUUUCCAAUUCUCGAACAAUUUUGAACGCGCUCUACCGUUACACUUGGAUUCAUGGUUUCGAAACCACAGACCGUAUAUUUUCCGCGUACGGAAAACCACACAUUUCCCUACGGUAAUAAAGGGGGACCAUAUACGAUUCAUAAAAUUUGGCAGUGGACUCGAUCCGUAUUGUUAACUAGGAAGGUGAAGUUCUUUGGAAAACAGCAAAAUUUUAUUGUGAAUUUUCGAGACUGGUUCCCCAGCUCGUCUUCAGACAACGGGUGUGCAAAAACACUUAACUUUUAGACUGAGUCUGGCAAAAGGAAUCCAUGAUUGGUUAAGCUUGUCAUCUCGGAAUUGGCUGACUCAGUUUGAAUCUGUCUUUAACGAUCUUGUAUGUGGCAUCUAAAUCGAUAUGCCGGUUGAUGCAUGCCUCAUCUGAGUGCAUUGCCUCCAGGAAUUCGCGUCCUUUCCUUGUUUGGCUGGCGCCAACAAUGCGAGUGUUUUCCCAUGCGAAUUUAUGCCCAGUGUCUGGUGUGUGCAUGGCCACCUGGGAUAGAUGGUCGCGUCUCUUCACCGCUAACUGAUGUUCAUGUAUACGGGUUGAGACAGAUUUCCCAGUUUGGCCGCAAUAAACGGCAUCACAACUAGAACAUGGAAUUUUGUAGACGACACCUUUUCUUUCGAGGUAGCCGACCCUGUCCUUAGGGUGCACAAGCUGUGUGCGUAAGGUAGUUGCCGGCUGGUGUGCUACGUGUAUCUGGUACUUUUUCAAUUGUGUUUCGACAAGUUCAGAUACAUUUUUGACGUAUGGGAGAGUUCGCCAUGUGGUUAGUUUUGGUGCCUGAGCGGCCGUAGCAUUGGAAAUACCUGUCUUUCAAUUUAUACGUAUUGUUAACUUUACAAUCCACAUUGGUAAAUGCGGAGGCAUUACGAUUUAUGAACCGUCAUUUCACAGUAUUUAAAAGUCCCACAAUUACAGCCCUUGUUAAAACCGAAUGAUAUCACUCCUUCGAGUAUAAGUUUCGACGAAGGCGUAGUUGUCUGCCAAAUGAGCGAAAGAAUGUAUUUUUAUGCAUAUUUUCCACGAUAUUUAUUUCAACUUUUAGGGGCAUAAAAAAUCAAUGAGAAAAAUUCAUGCUACUUAUGCAGUCACUUUUUUCAGAGUGUGAGUUUUGCAUGCAGUCGGAAGGAAAUUCAUUCGAAAGCCGGCGUCUUGGGGUAACUGAAAUAUUAUAGAAUCAUAUUGUAGACUGACUAGGUUUACAACCCUACUUAAUUGGAAAAAUUUCUCAAAACCUAACGAGGUUACCCUUUUUUUCAAGUAUAAAAUUUGAAGGGAACGUGAUGUGGCAGCUAAUGGGUACCAGACGGGGUAUUUUUCCCACGUUUUCUAUAAAAUAUAUUAUGACUCAUGAGGCCAUCGAAAAUCAAAGACAUAAAUUCAGAUUACAUUGGCAGACGAGCGAGCGGGCGGAAAGACGCCCAAUCAAAGCUUGAGAUUAUGCUGCAUUAUGGCCAAGAUUGUAACCCCGCCUGGAUACUACUUCCUAACUAAAAACCCAUUUCAGAGUAGUAGAUUGCGUCUCCUUCAAAUUUUUUCUUAGGAAAAGGAGAUCGUUUCGUGUUUAAAUAGUCCAUAAUUAUGAAAUUUUUUCAUGCCCUAAAAUGACUGGUUAUAAAACAUCGUGUCUGUCUACUUAGUAAUGCCACUUGCAAGUUAUACAACAUAGCCCAUCUCCAUUGCAGACUUCCACGAGCCCUACAUGAUUUCGUGUUUAUAGCAUGGAAAGAUCUAUUAUUUGCCACAUACACACGCAAAUUGUACAGCAUGUAGUUCUAAAACCCUUAGCGCAAGCGCAACUGCUAGUCGGAGCCAAAACUAUCCGAGAACUGAAAGUUUCUUAAAACCGAUGGGUUUCCUUUACGCAUGUAUGUCAUUUAAAGAGGACGUACUUCGCUAACAACUGAGUACAAAAAGGAAUAUUUUUUUCAGAUUUUGCAUAAAAUAUAUUUAUACAUUUAUAUCGUCGAAAGUCAAUGAGAUAAAUUUAUGCAACAUUAGCAGCCACCUUUGACCAAGUGAAGUUCAUUCACAAACCGGCCUCCUGUUCUGACUGAAGUAGCUUGAGGUUAUGCUUAUCCAUACUAUAACCCCACCCGGAUAAUACUUUCUAGCCAAAACCCCAUUUCAAAACAAAAGUGAACAUUUCACGAGAAAGGCUAGAUGCUUUAUUUGGGCGGUUGAUUGUCUCCUGUCCGAAUUCAAGAAGGAAGGAGAGUUACCGGUCUUUUUAGGCGAGACUUCCUGCUGCUCAUAAGGUUGUGAAAGCAGAUAACUUCCGGGACGCGCUACUCGGCCAGCCGGAUAAGGUGCGAGCGUAUUGAGGCCGCCAAGACCGAGUCGGUUGGCUCCGGAUAGCCGGGGAGGGGAGAGGUCAGUACCUUUUAGCUCUAAGCAGACCGAUUAGCCCGAUACAGCUGCAUUUUGGUUAAAAAAUAGCCCUAUAUGACGUUAAUAUACUUAUCCAGCGAUUGCUCGAAUAUAUCCGGUGUAUAAUAUAUGCCCAUGCAUCUUUAGUAUUUAGAAGCAGGAAAUUGUUUCCAAAGAACCCGUGGAGUAUUAACUUACUCUGGUUUCCUAAGAAUAUCUCUCUUGCCUUAAAACCAGAUUAUUCAACGUCUCCACAUUUCAAACUUCCAAGGGAACUUUCAACUUUGCACAUUUAGGGGUGUUUCCAUGAGAUCUGUUUAGAUGCUUCCGUAAUUGUGUCCGAUGUGGUUAUGUGGCCGCAUCGGAGGUGAACAAACACCAGUCACCAGUUUUACAGGUGGGGCCGGUGACGAGGUCAAAUAAUUGUAUGCAAAAUAACCACUAUUGGGAGUGCGUCGUUGUACUUUGAGUGGUUACGAAAUAGUUGACCUAUCUCCUAACCCUAACCCCUAGCCAUAUCCCUUAAGCCCUAACCCUUAAUUGCAACCCUAACCCUGAAACCUCCAAUGCGGAAGGUUGAGGGAGACGACUGGGCGGAAGUCAAGAAGGACCACUGGAAUUGAGCCAAAAAGGUAGGCACGGCAACAUAGAAACAAGGCCGCAAACAGAGCACACAUCGCAACGCACAGCAACACAACGCCAACGUAAUUACGCCAAGUCAAAAUAAUUAAGUAGGUCAACUGAAUUGCGUCCAUCCGUUGCGCUUAUAUAACUACAUCUUACCCGUAAUUGUUCGCGUAGCGCUUAUAACUAGAUCUGUAUUCAUUACACUGUUUUAUAAAUCUCCAGAGACCUCUUCACAGGGACGCACAAAGAGUGACGCAUCCAAGUGGUUUAACCGAAAUCCCAUGGGGCAUAGUUUGAAAACUUUUGCAACGCUUAAAAUCUUGGACUGUUCUUCCAAACCUGCACCACUUUUUACCCUCUUUAAAACUGAAAGAUUGGUCUCUUUAAUUCCGCAAAAAAUUAACUAAUGGCGACGUAAUUUCCGACAAGGUGUACACUCAAAAAACCGCGGUUUUGCGCAUAGGUCAGUAACGAGGAGGACAUUACGCGCGUAAGGAUAUUUUUUCCCUGAUGGUAUGUGUGCUGGGAAACCAUUCCGCCUAAAAGACACCUGUAACGAAAAGCCCAUUUGAAAAAUUUUGUCAGUUUUUGGCGCUCCCGCGCGUGCGCACGCGUCGGGGGUUGUUUUUGUGUGGAUUUUAUUUUCUUUCCCGUGCCAUGUUUUCUCACCUAAGCAGGUCAUGUUGGCCUGCGUAUGCGCCCAUUCGACGCGCCUGGAAAUCGGCCUCUUUCGCCGGCGCUCUCGCAUGCAUAGUUUGCAGUUUAAUCGGUCACCACCCUCGACCUGCUGGGCUAUCAGAGACCUUUCCGGUGGGGUGAGAGGGUCUGUUCGUUUCACCUCCACACGUUCUCCCCCUCCCCGUCUUCCUCCCAGCUUGGUUUUAGUGAACCGGACCAUUUGGGGCAUGCGUUGGCCAUAAAACACUGACGCAAGCACACACAUUCGCCCUGGCCCCGAAGUUGUCUCUCUCCCUCUUUUUUUUCACCUGCCCGUUCUGUGUUCCAGUCCGCGGGCCUUUUUUGCAGCCCUGAUGGUCUACGCCUGUGACCACCAACGUCACAGGCGCUUUUAGAAAUUUUUGAGCGCCCUCCUGUCGUACUCCUCUGUUUUCCUGUGACACACAAAGUCACUUGAGAGUUGUUCCAAAAUGUGUUUGAUUGAGGAGGACCACCGGUAUUUCUGGGGCCCAGUACUGACGUGUGGGUUUGCGGAUUUAGUCGCUGUGGCGGAAAGGGGGGGGGGGCCGGGGUCAGACCGUGUUACGAUAGGCGUUUUUUGGGCUGUGUUGAGUCCACGCGAUGUGAAUGUUGGCAUGACUUAAGCCAUCACACCGCGACAGCCCUUCCGCCCAAUUUCGUCACCCUCGACAGUCAAGUGGAGCAUGAGGGGGGGGGAAGAUAGAGGUGAACCCUGGGAACUACAUUCGCACGAUAAUUCAGCGUAUUUCUCACUACAGUCGAUUUGCCGUGGACCUUAUCAGGUCCGAGAAUCCGUAACUGGGGCAAGAUCUGAACUGCUCUCGCGAAAGCCCGCGCACGGUCCGUGUAGACGUGCUUUUUAGUUCUGUCAGCUACUGAUCUCGAACCUCUUUGAUCGUGUUGACAUUCUCUCGCUCAAGAGUGUGAGAGAAGAGUCAGGAGCAGCCGUGGAUGCUACGCAAGUCUGCCCCACGGCUAUUCCCAGGCUUGCGACCAUCGGAAUGUCAUCAUUUGUUGCAUAUGAGAACUGGUUUUUUUUUCCUACCUUUCUCCCGGCUCGGUUAGUCUGCAUUUGCUUUUAUUUUUCGUGGACUGUACGUGCUUUUGGGUGACCCGGCUUUUCGAGACGUCUAGCACCACAUUCUCAACCUUCGCGAGCAUAGUCCUGUGUGCAUACCGUAGAUGUGCCAACUCAUGAAAUGUCAACCAACAUUUCGAAAUGCGUUCUCGUUUCGAAAAGAUAAAUUAAGUAGUGUUGUAAAACUAAUCAUGAUGCAGCAUAAAUCUAUAAUGAUCCAGUUACCUCACGGUGUCGGCUUUCGAAAGAACUUUUUUUCGGCUGCAUGCAAGAUCUUUAUUCUGCAAAAAAUGACUACUUAAGUAGCAUGCCAUUUUCUCAUUGAUUUUCGAUGCCCUUGAAAAUUUAAUUAUAUUUCAUGGAAAACAUGCAUAAAAAUAUGCAUUCUUUUACUUAUUCGGUGGAAAUUCACGUCUUCCAAUUUUGUAGUCAAAAGAAGAGUAUAAUUCGGUUUUAAAAAAGUUUCAUAUUGUAAGGUUUUUUAAUACCGUUAAAUGGCCGUUCACGAAACGUCAUGUAUCUGCAUUUACGAAUAUGACUUCUAAAUUUAACAAUAUUGCUCAAAUUCACUGCUUGAUUUUAUGAACCUCAUAUGGUCUCCUCUUAACACCUUAGACAAAUGCAUGGUUUUCCGUACACGGAAAAUAUACAGUUUGUAGUUUUGAAACCCUGAAUGCAAGUGUAACAGCAGGUCGGUUUCAAAAUUAUUCGGGAAUUAGAAGAGUUUUUUAAAACCGAAAAUCUCGCAUGCUCUGUGACUCAAAAGAGUAAGCUCUCUACCAGAUCGGGGCAAAAUCUAAGUGAGCCUUUUUCUGUGGUUACGUAGCCUGCUUAGGAACAUAGUAAAUAAAUGUCAAAGUACUCCGCGGUAGAGUGGGGGGCAAAAACUUUAUCAUCGUAAAUGAACGAAAAAGAUGCUUGCUUGAUAAAAGUUGUGGCAUAUAUGUAGUUAAAAUGGGGAAUAUUUGUUAAAAAAAUAUACCAAGCUGGAACAAAGUAAGUCAGAAUCAAUGAAGUGCAGAACUGAUAAAUGGCGUUACUAAGAACGAAUGCAAAUGCUCCGCAAAUAUUCCCAUGUUACAAUUGAAAAGUCAAGUUGGCGAAUACGCGUUUUCGGUAGUUCUUCCUCAGGCCACUACAAUUACAUGAAGGAAUGAAAAUGUACAAAAUCAGCAGUGUUUAUAGAUGUCUCAAGGGCUAUUAAGUCACUAACACUCAUCAUCCCCACGCCGCCCGCAUGAGAAGGUCGGCGGGUGUUUGUCGUCAGAGCUAGGGGAAGGGGGUAAGAGAGUCUUUGAGUGAUGUUCUAGGGUUGAGUACACGGAGUACCCAUCAUCGUGAUUAGGGAUUUGAGGCGGCAUGGCUUCAUCACUUAGGGUUGGCAUUGGCCACGGCAGCAAAAGUGCUUGUGUCAGAGUUUUCUGACAGCAUAACACCGGAUUCACUAACCGUAUAGCUACUGCCUCGGCCGUUGCUAGUAUCCGUUGGCGUAGGCCCUUAGAGGAGCAUGUUGAUGUCCGGUAGACAACCUUAAAUGCUUUCUUGGCGUCGACUCGGUGGUUCGUAUCGAUUAAAUGCGCGAGAAUAGAACUCGAAAUCGAUCGAGUCUCAUCUCCGUCUAACCAGGCGGGUAUAUGUUCACGCGCCCUCUUUACCAGGCGUCUCGUUGUGCGCUUGAUUUAUCCUGCUCCACAGGAGCAAAUGAAUGAAUAGAUGCACAUUGAUAUGGCCUCCAACAGUAGUCUGUCUUUAUCCCCCAAACGUAGGGGGCGGGAGAGUUUUUUCGCACCCCCGGUUCCCCCAUACAUAGAUACACUAUCUGACCUAUCUCAUGAAGCCUGAUGGCAGAAAGUAAUAUGGGAAUUUUUGGACGUCUAAAACGUUGCGCAUUUUGCCCACUCGUUGAGCCUCAUCAAUAAAAUGUCCAUUCCUUUUGCAGAGAUUGUGUCCACGUAAUUAUGUCGAGCAAAAUGUUCAUAAAUUCGAGAGAAAAUGGACUUUGCGACUUUUCGGGCAAUUUCCGGCAACGGUAUAUAUAGAGAGGGACUCCACUUAACUGUGCGUAGACAGUUGAUCCUGUCAUAUGUGAUUUAUGGUAAGGGGAGUUGUAUGGCUGGGGUAGCACGCUAGACAGUAAGCUGGCAAAUGAAAGAAAACACAGAAAUUGCCUGGAUUUAUGCCGGAAGUGUUGUCCUACGCUAUUUUACUACAACGAAAAUGGGAGUAGUAAUUAAGUAUUAAACAAUUUCACACAAAAUAACGGAUUUUCAGUUAAGGCGUGUGGUCGUGGGAAGUAACCGUUUCUGGCAGUGUGAUUUCUGCAAAUGUAUGCCAAUAUGAAACUUCAUACGAUGCGAUCCACUGACAGUUAAGUGGGGUCCUUCUCAAUACCGUCGUCCAAUUACCUAUGCUGAUAUUUUCCCCAGACUUCGGUUGCGCAUCUGAACGUGUUUUUUAAGAGUUUGUCGCACUUUAGAAUUUUUUUUGAUUGAUGCCAACCGUGGGAAUCAGUUUGCUUACAUACGUGCUAUUUUUAAAGAAGCAGAAGUUUUACCAAUUUUUAGAAGUCGUAUUGGAAAAUCUGUACAAGUUAGUACCCUUAUUUUGCCAUUUGGAAAAUUCCAUGUUUUGUCACCAAAAUGACUACCACCAAAUAGUUAUUUUCAGUUUUGAACUUUUGCAACAUUGCCUUUCGAACGAUCUGUUUUUGCGUGUACCUAAUUCAGAGACGGAACGAUUAAAAUAUCAGUAUUUUAAUGGCCACUCCGCAGUGCAUUCACUAUCGCAGAACGCAAUCCCCGUCGCCGGCCAUGCAAUCUUUCUAUGCAGACGGACAGUUUCCAUGAGCUAUAUUACACAUCUGGAUGUUAUACGAGGACAUACAGCGGAUGUGCUAACUCAUGAAAUGUCAACCAAAAUUUCAAAAUGCGUUCUCGUUUCCAAAAGAUAAAUUAAGUAGUGUUGUAAAACUGAUCACGAUGCAGCAUAAAUCUAUGAUGAUCCACUUACCUCAGGGUAUCGGCCUUCGAAAGAACUUACUUUCGGCUGCAUGCAAGAUCUAUACUCUGCAAAAAAUGACUACUUAAGUAGUAUGCAAUUUUCUCAUUGAUUUUCGACGCCCUUGAAAAUUCAAUUAUAUUUCAUGGAAAACAUGCUUAAACGUAUUCAUUCUUUUACUUAUUCGGUAGAAAAUCACGUCUUCUUCCAAUUUCAUACUCAAAAGAAGAGUAUAAUUCGGUUUUAAAAAAGUUUCUAAUUGUGAGAUUUUUUAAUACCGUUAGAUGACCGUUCAUGAAAUGUCAUGUAUCUGCAUUUACAAAUGUGGCUUGUAAAGUUAACGAUAUUGCUCAAAUCCACUGCUUAAUUUUAUGAACCUCGUAUGGUUUCCUUUUAACACCGUAGAGAAAUGCAUGGUUUUCCGUACACGGAAAAUAUACAGCUUGUAGUUUUGAAACCCUGAAUGCAAGUGUAACCGCAGGUCGGGUUCAAAAUUAUUCGGGAAUUAGAAAAGUUUUUUAAAACCGAAUUAUACUCUUCUCUUGCGUAUGAAAUUGGGAGAAGAUUUGAUUUUCUACCGAAUAAGUGAAAGAAUGAAUAUUUUUAUGCAUGUUCUCCAUGAAGUAUAAUUGAAUUUUCAAGGACAUCGAAAGUCAAUGAGAAAAUGGCAUACUACUUAAGUAGUCAUUUUUUACAGAGUAUAGAUCUUGCAUACAGCCGAAAAUAAAUUCUUUCGAAAGCGGACACCGUGAGGUAACUGUAUCAUUAUAGAUUUAUGAUGCGUCAUGAUUAGUUUUACAACACUACUUUAUUUAUCUUUUCGAAACGAGAACGCAUUUCAAAAUUUUGGUUGACAUUUCAUGAGCUAGCACAUCUACUGUACAUUUUAUCCGAUGAUGAAGUUUUAUGUGCUGAGUGAAUCAUCAAAUAUGACCCAAACGACCUACAUUGGAAAGGACGCCCAAACACUAGCUGUUCCGGUAAACGCCUUGAAGAAAUAUCUUAUUUUUAAGGUUUUAACUAAUACGUAAUACAGAAUCUGUCCUUCACGCCAUUCGAUUGAAAACACUGAAAAUCAUACAGGUAUUCAGCAAUAUUUCAAGGCCGAUCGGAAGCUCAACGCAAUCUAGAACCAUCGAAAAGUGCAAAUUUUGUUAUCUCAGAAAAAACCUACCCCUUAUGUAAACGAAGCGACAAAAGCAGUCCACAUUUGCCCUAAAUCCUCCUUCCAGAGCAAAAUGGUCCACGCCACUGGCUAUUUUGUUGCCCUAUUUCGGUCCUCUGCAUUUUUUUUCUGUUUUCGAGUCUCUGUGUGUUUCUGGCGUCUGUAUAAAGCGGCCCUCAAGGCCGAACUUAAUCGCGCCGUCGGAAACAUUUGCCCGCCCUUGUUGCAACAAAGUGUCCUGCGCCCGCAAAUAGUCUUUUAGCGCACUCAGGGUGGACCGAGAGAGCAAAAAACAAGGAGUACUUUUGAGGCUACUGAAUGCCAGCCUCCUGUCGGGAGGAGCUAACAAUGCACAAUGUUCUUCGGAGGCCGCUUUGUAGCCGUUAGCGUUUACUGUAUCGUUUUCCCGCUCUCUAUGUCUCAAAAGCACUCGUGCUCACCCCUUUUCCACUAUUGGCUGUUUCGAAAAGCAAGGGGGCGUGGGGGGGGCGGGGGCGGGCUGCCGACAGCCAUCUCUGAAAUGCAGUUGAUACACGAAUUUCACUAAGUGGGCUGUUAUGUAAACUUUAUGCCCGUCUCCCCCACCCCCCCCCCACCCUCCUUCAUUGCUGUCCUUCCCCACCCGCCCACUUAGCUGGUCAUUUCACGCGCAUCCCUUUUAACUUUAGUUUCGGACUGUCAAGGAAGCCUGGUCAGACUUACAAAGUAUCAGCUAGCUGGGUGACCAUGCCUCUAUAGUAGUGUAUCCUGUUCCUAGGAGACCGACGACAGACCGAGUGCCACUGUCUACAUGCACAGUCAGAAUAGGUGUUCACAGUCAGGCUGAACCAGUGAAAUCUGGUUUGACGACAGGCUCGAAUAGCCCUCUACAGUUCUUACCAUCCUUCGUUCACUUGUGGAGCCUGCCUGUCGAACUGCGUGCCACAUCAACGCGUCCUUCAGACCAAAGCAGGGGCACACUUUUAAACUUCACGGCAUGCAGAUGUGGGGAAAAUGGUUCUUCACCUAUCUGGAGAGGUUCCAUGUCGGAUUUCAGACGUUUUAGCCUGUCUAUCUGCGCCCUUUCUAAGGCACCACGCCACCACCCCCUAGGUCACCGCAAGGCAGUCCGGCGACUUGCGCAUGAAUUAGUUUAAGGUUAUGGUGGACUUGCGCUGCAUCUCCUGCACUCGCUCUUCCCUCACCUGAGUGUCCGGUGUCAUGACAGAGUCAAGAGCACCGCAUGUAGGAGAGGCAGCCGGUGGCUGGCAUUACGAAAACCCGCACCUAGGUGUAUCACCACAUCCCUUGGCCCAUUAUGGUGAGCCUGACGUUUCGGAUUCUUGCUCGAAUCCAUCAUCAGAGACAGUGAUAGACACAGGCAAUUCGUGCGCUGAAAGUCGUAGGAUUUAUAAGAUGCAGUCGCUAUGCUACUGCCUACCUAUGAUCAUUAACCGCUCCUCCCUUCAUGGAGAACUUUUGCCCGCUAGUGCACAAAUCGCUUAACGGCCGGCAUGCAAGCUGUUAGUUGCUGAUAUUCCAUCCCCCGUGUUGGAUACCGGCGUGAUGCUUGCUCGACCAUCUGGCCCACCGGCUUGCGCGUUCAGCAAGUGGUCAAUUACUUUGGCCAGACUAUGCCUCAGCACCGAAUAUAGAGUGGGCAUGUCGUUGCACUUGUUGAUAGACUGGGGUCCCGUAAACCAUUACUCAGGCAACUUUCGGCUCACGCGAUUAUCCCCUCUCGCAAGAAUUUCACCCUCAUCCAACUUGAAUGCGUGGCCGCGUCUUGUCCAAUGGGCCGCGACCUGAGAGUUGGCGUCAUUUCUCCGUACCGCUGCCGCGUGUUCGGCGAUUUGCGUCCGGAGCAUUCUUCCAGUUUUUCCUACGUAGUUGCUUUGUCCGCAAAUGCACCAGAUCCGGCAAACGAUUCCACAUGUUUCUUGCCGUAGCAGUUGGUCUUUUGGUCUCAUCAGCUGACGCCUUAUGGUGGCCUCCGGUCUGUGCGCAACUCCAACCUCGAGUUGUGCAAGAAUGCGACUAACGGCAUAGGAGACGUUCUUGACGUACGGAAUUGCUCGCCGGAAUUCGGGGUCGGUACUACUUUGUUGCACGUCUCGUUUGCUCACGCACCGGUUAAAGAAGUUGCGCGGGUAACCACUUUCUCUGAAAAGCCGUCGAAGGUAUUGGAAUUCGGAAACCUUGUCUUCCGGUUCGCUGCAAUCCGUCUCGACACGCCGAUAUAGCGUCCUUACGCAACUGCGUUUGUGGCUGAUUGGGUGAUUGCUGUUGAAGUUCAUUUUUUUGUCCUGUUCGUCGCUUUCCUGAACACUGGUCUUUAGGCCACCACAAUCUUUGCGACAGGCGAGGACAUGAAGGAAGGCCUACUGGUUGUUUCUUCCUCCUCCAUCGUGAAUUGUCUGUCCGGGAAUACGCUGUUGAGACGUUCUUUGAACGCUAGCACCUAACGACGAAGGUAUCAGAAUUUUGGCCUGUGGUGCUGAAGGACCAGCUACUCGACCCGCUUGAGGAUCACCUCGGCGAUGAAUCCCCAAACCGGCGAACCCUUUGGUGUUCCCUUCACCUGUUCGUAGAUUUUUCCGUCAAACGUGAAGUACGUCCUGAGGGAGAACUUUAGGCACUAAGAGGCCUGGGCAUGUUCGAGGCCAUUCUCCGUUUCAUCGUCGGGGUAGCUCGAUGGUCUCGACUGCUAGAUCCUGACCAGGAUUUUACACUGCAAGACAAAAGGGAGGUCGGCUAGGAUCGCAAGUAGUGCAGCAUGUGCCUGCGUCUGGGGGUGCCGCCACCCCCCCCCCCAAUUUUGGCAUUUGCUACGAGUGCGCAGUCCCGAUAACGACUCCCGGACCCUGCUUGGCCCAUUUCGAGGAAAGUAGGCCGCUACAUACCAAUAAUCAGUCUCCAAUCAGUAAUUACUAUUGAUGAGACCUAGCAUUCCCUGUGGCACAAUUAUUCUUCAAGGAAUUAGCGCACACCGGUCCAUUGACAACCAAUCAGAGCUUCUUUGCCUCGGGGAAGCCACUGGGCCUUCGUUCGUACGGACGUUUGUGUUUCUGGUGCAGGAUAAUGCUACUUGGGGUUUUUAAUGGCUGAAUAAAGGCAGAAUAAACCCACAACAGUCCUACAUUAAACUGACAGCGUCUAUGUCCUCGCCACUAUGACGGCAGAAAUGUCCACGUGGCUUCACGGAUCUGGAACUGUACGAAGGUGGGGUGCGGACGUUUUACUCAUUAUCUCCUGUCUAAAGUCUGUCGCAUUCUAGCAAGCAAUCGGUGAUUGGCAAAGUCUACUGAUAAAAUCAACGCUGAUUGGAAUGGCCAUUUUUACCUUGUUCGCCGUCAAAAAUUAAUCACAUUUCGAUUGCGCAACGUAUAGUAGAUAGGCUUACUCAUGAAACGUCAACUGAAAUUCCAAAAUGCGUUUUUGUUUCGAAAAGAUUGAUCGAAUAGGGUUGUAAAACUAGUCGGCCUGCAGCAGAAUUCUAUAAUAUUUCAGUUACCUCUGGAUGCCGGCUUUCGAAUGAACUUCUUUCCGUCCGCGUAAAAAAACUACAUUGUAUCAAAACGACUACUUAUGUAGCAUGAAUUUGUCUCAUUGAUUUUCGAUGCCAUCUAAUAGUCACAUUAUAUUUCAUGGAAAACACGCAAAAAAUAUUCAUUUUUUGCUCAUUCUGCAGAAAAUUACGUCUUCUAAUUUUAUACUCGAAGGAAGGGUAUAAUUCGGUUUUAAAAAUGUUACUGCUUGUGAGUCUACCUACUGUAAGACCCGAGGUUCGUGCAUCCACGUCCAGUUAAUACUAACCUCAUGUCACUACUCUUUUUAGCCAAAAGCUCGCCUGUUGGUUGCAGUCAAGAAUGUUUAGUCGUGUUCGGGUUGUCGUUUACCCAUCCGGCUUGGCUAACGAUCGAUGUGCAGACGCCUCAUUUUGCCUUGAAGCCUCGGCCAUCCUAUUGCCGGAAGUUUUAUUUCGACUUUUCUCCAGUCAACUACUUGCAUCGGAGACAAACUUGAUCUGAGUAGUCGUCUGAAGACUAUGUGACUAAAGUGCAUUAGCUGCAGUCACUGUGGUGAUAGUUACAGUGGUCAUAUAAACUCUGAAGAAAACAUGAUUUGCCACCCAUUGAGUAGGAGAAACUAUAUUUUGAGCAUGUUUUCUAUAAAGUAUGCUUGAUUUUAUAAGGUUAUUAAAAAUAAAUUGGACAAGUGCAAAUACAGAAGUAGCCUUUUUUGUCAACAGCAUAUUUCGCAUGCGGCCGGAAGGCAGGUAUCCUGGUGUGACUGAAAUAUCCCGGGAUUAUUUUGCGUCUUAGUCCCUCUUACAACCCCACUUAAGUUAUCCGUCUUAAUCGGACUCGCAUUUCAGCCAACUGUACUUUCUUGCACCUAUUGGACACUAUCUGAUUAAAGUGGGAUACUGACAGUCAUUGUGCUUACAUUAAUAUUGGUCGUUACAUCAGCGACAGCCGCAAGAACAGUAGUUCUAAAUUUGUCCCCUGAUGAUAACAUCAUUGACAGCAGUCACGCUAACCCAGGAUUGUUAAUCCCUCUCCCUACCUCCCGCCCCCCUCCACCACCCCAAAAAGUGACCUGCGUACAUGAUGACUUCAUUGUUCUCCUGGCUCCUGCUCGCUUCUCUAUUGUCGUGCGGCGGCAGUAGGGCUUGCGGAAACGUGAACAAGGCCAGCUGUUUUUUUGUACGCGGCGGGCUCGAGGAGGACGCCAGUUUUUAGGGCAGAGGAGGAUAUCAUUUUCAGGGAGCCAGGAUAAAGUUGCCAUGUGAGCCCGCGAGGGCGCCCCCUGUUGUUGGAGUGGCAGAUGGUCAGCACAUUGUCAUCAGACUGGAUUUGUUCAGGGUUCUGCUAGACACUGGUUGAGGACACCAGAAUUGCUUAUGGUUGGACGUUUUACUGAGAAUUCCAAACUACUAAUCAGCUGGCCGUAGUCAGUUGGUGAUUGUGACUGGCUUGCCUUCUGCAACACGUGUGAGCUUCGAAGUAUUUCUCCAUGAAUAGGCACUUAUUCGGAGAAAAGCCUUCUAAAAGUCUUGUUUUUGCCGACUUAUUUGGGGAGCCUGACAGCAUACAGUAGGUGGGCUAACUCAUGAAAUGUCAACCGAAAUGCGUUUUCGUUUCAAAAAGAUUAAUUAAGUAGGGUUGUAAAAGUUGUCAGCCUGCAGCAUAAUUCUGUACUAAUUCAGUUACCUCAGGAUGUCGGCUUUCGAAUGGACUUCCUUCCGGCUGCAUGCAAAAACUACACUCUGUAAGAAGAGGUACUUACAUAGCAUGAAUUUAUCUCAUUGAUUUUCGAUGCUCCUAAAAGUCCAAUUAUAUUUCAUGGAAAACAUGCACAAAUAUAUUCAUUAUUUUACUCAUUCGGUAGAUAAUUACGUCUUCUUUUAAAUUUUUACUAGACGGAGGUAUAUAAUUCGGUUUUAAGUAAGGUUUCUGAUUGUGGGACUUUUAAAUACCGUGAAAUGGCCGUUUAUAAAUCGUCAUGUUUCUGCAUUUACCAAUGUGGCCUGUAAAGUUAACAAUAUGGAUCAAAUCCACUGCUAAAUUUUAUGAACCCUGUAUGGUCCCCUUUUAUUCCCGUACGGAAAUGUGUGGUUUUUUCGUACGCGGAAAAUAUACGGCUUGCAGUUUGGAAACCCUGAAUCCAAGUGUGACGGAAGAACGGGUUCAAAAUCAUUGGGGAAUUUGAAGGGUUUUUGAAAACCAACUUUUACCCUUCCUUUGAGUAUAAGAUUGGUAUAAGACGUAAUUUCCUGCCGAAUGAGCAAAAGGAUGAAUAUUUUAUGUGUGUUUUCCAUGAAGUAUAAUUGGACUUUUAGUGGCAUCGAAAAUCAAUGAGAAAAAUUCAUGCUACAUAAGUAGUUGUUUUUACACAAUGUAGUUCUUCAUGCGGACAGAAAGAAGUUCAUUCGAAAGCCGGCAUCCUGAUGUAACUGAAAUGUUAUAGAAUUAUGUUACAGUCUGACUAGUCCUACAACCCUACUUAAUUAAUUUUUCGAAUCAAAAACGCAUUUCGGAAUUUCGGUUGACAUUUCAUGAUUUAGGCCACCUACUGUACGUGGAGAGAGCACAUCCCCUGAAACUGAUUGCUACUCAAAGACAGUCAAAUAAAGCGUCUUCUUUAACUUUCUCAAAUUCCCCUCAGCAUUUUCGACCACAAGCGUAAAGUCUUUGUAUGGUAGAAUUUGUGACCUUCCAUUUUUUGGCACGAUUCGACGGUUGCAAUGACUUUUGGCCUCUUCGUGGGGCUGCUAGGCCUAACUUUGACAACUCAGGUGGUGUGUGCGAUGCGUAUGUUGAAGACUGGUGGUUCAUACCCAUCUCACCGGACGUUUUCCAACUGUAUGAGUUUCCCCAAUCAUCGAUCGUUCGUUGCCAAAAAAUCGAGUUCCGUCUCGCAUACUAGGGACAGUAGGCUCUGAGGUUUAUUUCACUUCGUUUAACACUUUUCUCAUAAUGAUAGCUGCUGCUGCCGCGCUCCAAAGGCCUCACUAAAAUGCCUUGGGAUCAACUGAGUCUUGAAAAAACUUUACAAGGCCAAGCGGCAUGGCGGUCUGCCGUUGAACCCAAAGGAGCAGUCUUUGAAGGCGAUGAUUAGACGACGAAUCGGUGAACUCGUUUGGCAAGGGGUCCGAUUAUGGAAAUCGGUGUCUCGCUGUCCGGUUGUUCUUUUAGAUUGCUGCCUUCGACUAAUCUCGUUUGCAUUCCUUGUUACCACUAUCAUCGCCGUGUUUUGCUCCCCAUGGGCCUUUUCCUGCCUCGAUGAAUUCCCUAUUGUGCCUUCGUUUGACAAGAUCGCGCGUGGUAAGUCAUUCGCUUCCAGUGACCACCCGGGGGGGGGGGCGAAGGGGGCUCUAUCCCACGUACGCAUCAACUGUUGCCUCCGGCAUCGCCGUCGUCAAAAACGCCCGCAUGCCCUAGCAUCUUCCCAUCCUGUUCUCACCUGCAUUCACAGGACAGUCCGACCGUCGUUUUAGACGAUGUCCACCGUCUGCCCCACAUCGGAGUGUUAGCAGGAACCGUGAUUUCUUCGUGGGUUCCUUUAUUGUGGUGGUAGACUUUCGUUGCUGCUACCUCCCUCCUCCUCCUCCCCCAUCUGAGCCCGGUGUCAAGACAGAUUCGAGAAAACCGGAGGCGGCAGAGGGCGCAGAUAGCUUGCACGGUGUACCACUGCAUUCCCUGAUCCAAAACGUACACUGAUCGGGAUAGAAUCCACCGCGUGGCCCGUUUUAGUGACACACAGCACACCCAGCAUCCCUAUUUGAGGACAUCGCAGGCAAGACGUUGGCCAAACCUGACCUAAUUAACCUGUCAUCUAGUGCCUUAGGUCUUCUCCCGAUCCGCGUUCAGAUAGAUGCUGGGGAAGAAGAAAAAUGAAGAAAGUGAGAUCUGUCUUUCGCCUUCCCCCGCCAAGUGUGUAGCCCACAUGGUGGCACAUUUGCUCCGGUUUGCACUUGUGAUGAGUUAAUGUGCUCCAGUUUGUCCUGGCGUUACGAUCUGUCAGCGGUACGGUGACAGUCCAGAUUUUAUCAAACUGACAUAUGGUUGGACUGAAAUAGGACGAUCCUCCCCCCCCCCCCGUCCCCAAAAAGUCGAUUCCCAAAUCGCACUGUAUUCCAUGAUUCCGCCAACCCCCAAAACCACUCCUACGGCAUUGUUUAAUGCCCUCUAUAGUGCCCGCGCGAAUAGAACCAACCCGUGUUAAUACCAUCUCAUACUAACGCGCAAAUUUUUAAACUACGUAUUUCCAACUAAGCCCUGAACUGUUAAGGUAUCAAAUUUUGGGCAAGAUAUGGUUUGGUAGCCCCACCUGAUGGACACAAUACUGUUGGGGUUAUGGGUUAGACUUAGGUCUAGAGGGAAGGGUUAUAGACGGGGGUUAGGGCAACUGUUUCUCAACUAUUCAAAGUAAAACCGCGCAUUCCCACUAGCUUUUCUUUUGCACACAACCACUUGACUUCGUCGUUUCUGCGUUCCCCGGCCCCACCGAUGAAAACCCCCUAUUACCACCGGUCUCGUAUUAGAUGUGGCUGGGGUUUGCUUACUUUAGGCGGGGCUACAUAACCACAUCUGAUCGAAUUUUGCCUACGUACACAUCAAUAGAAGCAAUUCCCAGUUUUGUUGCUGCAAAAAGUUAUCGUGCUUUCAUUUGCGGUUUUAUGCCACACACGGCUGCCGGGCAAAUAAGUAUCGUAUCAUUUUUGGGCAGGUAGCUAAACGUCCAAGGAAGUAAAUGUGGUGAACACUACAGGUGCAAACGUCUACUCAACGAAUGUAAGUAGUAAUAAUGUGCAGUGGAUGUGCCACCUCAGGAAAUGUAACCCGAAAUUCUGAAGUGUGUUUUCGAUUCGAACUGAUUACCUGAAUAGGGUUGCGACAAUAAUUGCAGUGUUGCAUAAUGAUAAAAAAAAUCAGUCACGUCGGGACGUCGGUUCUUGAAUGAACUUGUUUUCGUUGUGCAUUUUUCUCGUUGAUUUUCGAUGUCAAUAUAAAUGCAAAUAUAUUUUACGGGAUACAUGUAUAAAGUAAUUUGAUAUUUCAUUGUGUUUCCUGUAGAAUAUACGUUUGUAAGAACAUUAUCUUCCGGCUCUUAGAAGUUUUUAACGGAUUUUUACGAUUGUGAAAUGUCCCUUUGUAAAACAUCUCGAAAUUUAUUAAUGUUGUUUUUGAAGUGUGCGAUAUGGUUCAGAUCCACCACAACAUUUUACGAACCCCAUAUAAUGUCUUCUUAAUAGCUUAUUGUAAUGUAUGAUCUUCCCCGCACGGAAAAUACGUAACUCGCAGUUUGGAAACUCUGAAUGUAAGCGUAACGGCCGGAAUCUAAACUAUUCGAGAUUUGUGAAGGCUUUUGAAAACCAGAUUAUACUCUUCCUUCAGAGAUAACAUUUGGAGAAAAGUAAUUUUCGGCCAAUUCAACACAAGAAAAAACAUUUUUGCUGCUUUUUUCCAGAAUAUAGGCUUACACUUAUUAGUGCAUCGAAAGUCGACAAGAAUAUGCGUAUUUCUCAUGGUAGUAGUAGCAGUAGUCGUAGUAGUAGUAGUAGUAGUAGUAGUAGUAGUAGUAGUAGUAGUAAUAGCAGUAGUAGUAGAAGUAGUAUUAGUAGAAGUUGUUGUUGUAGUAGUCAUAGUAGUAGUAGUAGUAGUAUUAGCGGCAGUAGUAGUAGUAGUGGUACUAAUAGUAGUAGUAGUAGUAGUAAUGUUAGUAGUAGUAGUAGUAGAAGUUGUAGUAGUAGUAGUAGUAGUAUUAGCGGCAGUAGUAGUAGUGGUAGUAGUAGAAGUAGUAGUAGUAAUAGUAGUAGUAAUAUUAGCGACAGCAGUAAUAGUAGCAGUAGUAGUAGUAGAAUUAGUAGUAGUCGUAGUUGUAUUAGUAGCAGUAGUAGCAGUAUUAGCGGCAGUAGUGGUAGCAGUAGUAGUAGUGGUGGUAGUAGUAGUAGUAGUAGUAGUAGUAGAAGUUGUUGUUGUUGUUGUUGUAGUCAUAGUAAUAAUAGUAGUAGUAGUAGUAGUAGUAGUAUUAGCGGCAGUAGUAGUAGUAGUAUUAGCGGCAGUAGUAGUAGUAGUAUUAGCGACAGUAGUAGUGGUAGUAGUAGUAGUAGUAGUAAUGUUAGUUGUAGUAGAAGUAGUAGUAGUAUUAGCGGCAGUAGUAGUAGAAGUAGUAGUAGUAAUAGUAGUAGUAGAAGUUGUAGUAGUUGUAGUAGUGGUAGUAGUAUUAGUGACUGUAGUAGUAGUAGUAGUAGUAGUAGUAGUAGUAGUAGUAGUAGUAGUAGUAGUAGUAGUAGUAGUAGUAGUAGUAGUAGAAGUAGUCGUAGUUGUAUUAGUAGUAGUAGUAGUAGUGGUAGUAGUAGCAGUAGGGUAGUAGUAGUAGUAGUAGUUGUUGUUGUUGUUGUUUACGAGGGCGGCCGGGAGGAAGCUCCUUUAAAGGCCGGCGUCCUGUUGUUACUGAAAUAUCUUGGGGUUUUGAUGUGCAAAAUCAAUUAGUAACCAUGUAGGCAUGGAUUUCGGGGGGAAGAGGAGGAGGCGGUGAGUGAUCAUAUGUCAGCCCUGUCUGACAUAUUCCCUCUUGCAUUAACGGUUGGGUGAGUGGGAGUCUCGGCUUUAUUCAUGCGCCUGGAGGUAGAGGACAUCACUACUCCCGCGCUGCCAACGGACCGAGCUUCAAUCCCGGUGGAUUUCCAGCUCUGUCAAGCGUAAGGCGUGUAACAGGCUGAGAUGGAGAGUAAUCUUGUUCAAGGCUGCAACUUUUAACUCCACCCAGCCCUUUGCUUUCGAAUACAGACUCGUGUGCACUCCUCCCAACCGCUGUGAGGAGGAAAUUCCUAGCAGAAGACGCUUAAGUUUGCUUACUGACCGGCGUGUUAGUUAAGAGGCAGUUGUGUUUCGCCGUCAGCACAUAGUAGGUGUGCUAUCGCAUUAAAUGUUGACCUAAAUUCUGAAAUGUGUUUUCGAGUCGAGAAGAUCACUUAAGCCGUGCAGCAUAAUCACUAAUUAUUUCAGUCACGCUAGACUGCUGGCUUUUAAACGAACCUUCUUCCGGCCGCCCGCGAAAGCUACACUCUGCAAAAAAUGACUACCUAAGUGGCAUGAAUGUUUUUAAUAUUUUUUAAGUCCUUCUAAAUUUAGACAUAUUUUAUAGAAAAUAGCAAAUUACGUUUUCUUCAAAUGGCAUGCUUGAACAAAGGGAACCCUUCGGUUUUAGGAAUCUGUUUUUCAAUUGCCGCGGAAAUUUUUGUCUUAUUUGCCGUUGUUGAAUAUUUUUAAUGCAAGGAAGAUCAUGCAUUUCUAUGAUAUUUCAGUUACCUUAGGAUGGCGCUUUUCGAAUGAACUUCCUUUCGGCUGCAUGCAAAAACUACACUCUGUAAAAAAUGACUACUUAAGCAGUAUGACAUUUUCUCAUUGAUUUUCGAUGUCCCUAAAAAGCCUAAUUAUAUUUCAUGGAAAACAUGCAUAAAAAUAUUCAUUCUUUUGCUCAUUCGGUAGAUAAUUACGUCUUCUUCCAAUCUUAUACUCAAAGUAAUGGUAUAAUUCGGUCUUUAAAAACCUCUCCAAUCGAAUAAUUUUGAACCAGACUUGCCUUUGCACUUGCAUUCAGGGUUUCCAAACUACAAGAGGUUUAUUUUCCGCGUGCGGAAACUCAUACAUUGAAUUAUUAUAGAAUGGGGCUGCACGAUUGUUAGUUUUACAGUCCUACUUUAUUACUCUUUUGGACACGAAAAUGCAUUUCGGAAUUUCGGUCAACAUUUCAUGAGUUAGCUGACCUACUGUAAGCAGGGACAUAAUAUAAAUCCCCUGGACAUAUUUAAACAAAGAAUAUUCUUCGGUUUUAAGAAUCUUUUUCAGUUCCAUUUGCCCCAUUUUCCGUUGCACUUGUAUUCAAGAUUUCUGAACUACACGCUGAAUAUUUCUCAUGCAAGGAAGAUUAUGCAUUUCUAUGUGCUAUUAUGAAGAGGAUAUACAGAGCUCGUAAAAUUGUGCUCUGAGUGUUGUAUAUUUUAUGAGUGACACAGAGAGAUACCCAUUCUUGAAGUGAAAACUCGAAGAAGGCUUGACCUGCUACCAAAGAGUAUUUUUGCCCAUGUUCUCCAUAAAGUAUAUUGAAGUUCAUAUGGGCAUCGAAAAUCAGCGUGGAAACCAGUACUACUUAAGCAGUCUCUUUCUUGCUACGCGAUGUUCAUGCAGUCGGCCGCAAAGAGGCUCGUUUCAAAAUCUGCAUCCUGACGUGAUUGAGAUAUCUUAGGACUGUUUCUGUGUUUAAGUAACCUUCUAAGAUCGAAAAUGUAUCGCAGAAUGUCGAUUAACACUUGAUGAGACGGGCCAUCCCUUUCUGAUUAUUCCGCUCCGUCGUAGUCAAGUUUUCACCAGCGCGGAAUCGCAGUCCCCUCCCGCAGCACCAAAAAACUACAUGAAUGCGGAAGAACAAGGAAGUAGAGUAUGACAUCUGACUGUAUGUUUAAAGUAUGCCUCUUGAUCGUCUUUCUACUCGCAUCAGCUCUCCCCCUUCCUCCCUGACUUUGUCUUCCUUUCUGGCCACCUGUAUUGUUUCUCAUAUGCCGUUCCCUCCUCCCCCCCCCCCUCUGAUUCCAUCACAGGUACAUACGCUGGACGGAGGAGAACUACCCGGCUCUUGGCGCCUCCGCAGAUCUGGGCGACCUGCUGUUCCGUUGUGUUCGCGAUACCAGCCAUCUGGAGGGUAUUUUCACCGAUCCCGCCUACGUAGAUGUCUGGCUAAAGCUGGUAAGCCUUGCUGGGUCAUUCGACGGGUUUGUGCAAGGCUUCCAACUGAUAGGAUAACUUAACUCAUAUCCAGAGCUGCGUCUGUGUGUAUUCAGUGGACUGAGAGUCUGCCUCAGUGGUUCCCUAAUGUGGACUUUUGUGGCGCUUUCGCAAAUGCGAACUCCAACCCGCUCCUCGCAUGAGAACCCAGCUCGCUGUGCGCGUGUGGCGUGUGAAGCCGCCUGUCGAGUGCGCGGCGGAUGUCGCGAAUCAGGUAGUUGCGGGAGGUGCUAGUGCGAUAGAUGCUGCGCAAGUCGUUUUCAAUUGUGAUCAAUUCACGCGCGUGUCGCCGUGUGGUACGCGUAGAAGGGCUAUCGAACUUCAUGAACCACUGCACCUGCAGCUACCUGUCGUCUUGAUACUGUCCUGCCCUUGGAGUCUGGCGAAUGAAGGAGGAAGAGAGAGACUGGUCGGUAGCUGUCGCGAAUCAUGCGAGUGUGGGAUGAGCUAGUGCAGUAGAUGCUGCGAAAGUCGUCCUCAAUGCAGACUAAUUCACGCGCACGCCGCCGUGUAGUACGCGUAAACAGGCUGUCGAACUUCAUGAACCACUGCGCCCGCAGCCACCUGUCGUCUUGAUGCUGUCCUGCCAUUGGAGUCUGGUGAACGAAGGAGGAAGAGAGGGUGUUCGGUAGAUUUUACGAAUUAUGCGGGUGCGGGAGGAGGUAGUGCGGUAGAUGCUGCGCAAGUCCUCCUCAAUGCGCAUGCCGCCGGUGUUGCGUCCACUCCGUGGGGCACACGGUAGAAAUCUUCGUUUGCGACAGCCAAAGUAUCAUUAUUCCGUGAUUCCAGAGGCAGUGCGUCCAGUGGUCUGACCUGCAUUAGCCGAGGUGUGUUGUGUCCAAUUUGAGCAUGGAUGGUUGUGAUCGUUUGAAUGAACGCGUGUGCGCAUGUUGCAGCCGAUCAGACUAUAAGGUCAGCGCGACCGGAACUGCUAGCAAGGAAAGUCAAUGACCUUGACGCAGCGGGACAUUGAACAAAAACACGGAUCGUCGUAGAUACUGCAGCAGGCCACAACAUCUUGUAAACUACGGUCAGUAGCCAAUCUCUUGAUAUGUCAGCCGAGAUUCUGAAAUACAUUUUAGAUUAGGAACGAACGUUUAUGUAGGGCUGUAAUGCUGGUUAUUCUGCAGCAUAAUCCCGUAAGAUUUCGGACACGCCAGGUUGUUGGCUUUUGAAUACACUUCUUUUCGGCCGGCUUGAUUUUCGAUAAUCUUUAAAGUCCAAAUCUAUUUUGCAGAAACCCUCCAUAAAAAUAUUGUUUCUUUAACUCAUUUGUCAUCAAACCAUGUCCUCUUUGAAAUUUAUACCCGAAAAUUUAUCUUCGGGUUUUAAGACAGUUUUCUUCAAUUCCCGAAUAAUUUUGAACUCGAUCUGCCGUUUUAUUUUUGUCUACGGUUUUCGGUUAACAAGCUGUAUGCUUACCAUGUAAGGAGCAACAUAUACUUAUCAAUGUCAUUAAGAAAUGCUAUUUGGGUCCCAUAAAAUGUUGCAACGGAUUGUGAUUAUGUUGUAUACUUCAAUAGGAGGAUUAUGAAACAGACAAAUGCGAUGUGGUUCGACUGGGGAUUGCAUGAUUCUAAAAAAAAUUUAUAAUUAAAAACUUUGACACCGAAAGAAACCCUUUUCUCGAACAAAAGUUUCGAAAACGAAGUUAUUUUUCAUCAAAUA